UUUUUUUUAGUCAGAUAUUUUUAUGAUAGCAUCGCCUGCUUUGUAGUUGAACUCAUCAAAUUCAAAUCACGUUUUUUGUGUGUCUUUGUAGAUAUUUUUCUUGCCAGUUAUUAAUGCAAAAGUUUUAGCUGUUGUCGGGGGUGUAGAGGGUCUGGUGUUUGCCCUGUAACCUCUUCGUGAUUCCUCCCAUCUCUGCAUAUAGAAAAGCGCACCCCAAAUUUACUCUGCGCAUCUACACAUAGCAUUACGGUUUGGCUUGAUACCCGGAAGCGCUGCACGCUCUCCCGCUCGCCUCUCUGCUGCCUUCCUCUGGCUCACUGGAGUUUAACUUGGAGCUCACUGGGCAACUCACCGGCGUUAACCGUGCAGUGGUUGUUGUUGGAAAGAGGAGCUCGUUGACUUUAAUUUCACUGUGCGGUUUAGCGGAGAGAGAGAGAGAGAGCAGCGCGUGCACAGAGCGCAGUCCCCGCCGCCGUCACUCGGUGACAUUGACACACCGCGGUGUUUGUGCUGCUGUGUGUGCGGUUACGCUCCGUCCCCCUCCCUCAGCUCCACAGCCACAAUGAGCGAGUACUUCAGCCUGUCGGACUGUGAUGUGAUCGGCUUCGACCUGGACCACACGCUGUGCCGGUACCAUCUGAAGGAGACCUCCAGGGUGAGUGGAACAGCGCGUGCAGCAGCUAGCUCCGGGUAUAUAACCAUACGGUGGCCGCGAGGCUUCGAUCCGCAACACAUCUGGAUUAAAAAUAGCACGGAGCGUCAAUAACGCUGCACGGAUACUUCAUGUCAGCUGUGUGUGUGUGUGUGCUGAGCGGUGAAAUAACCUCAUAAACCACCAUGUAGUGUGUCUGAAUGGAGCUGUGUGUCUCUCUGUGUGUUAAUGUGUGUUAGUGUGUGUGUUUGAGGUGAUGCGAUGCUCCUGAUGCUGCAGUCACUCUGCGUGACUCACAGGUUGAACGUCGGCGGUGAACAUCAUACGUGUCUGUAAAUCCUCUAUGUGGCCUCUUGUCAUCAGCGUCCUCCCAAAUCAGAGUGUUUUCACUCUUCACAUACACAGUUUGGAGAAAUUAGAGUAGAUAUGCAGGCUUUACACCACUCAGUGACCACACAUUAGAGAUGAUCAAUAGGGGAGAGCGGGGUAAGAUGAGACAUUUUUCAUAUUUCGGAUCACUACAUCAAGUCAAUCAUAGUUUUGUUUCUAACUAAUGUAUCUGCAUAUAUUUCAAGAUGUUGUACAUCCCUGCAAACCAACAGAAUGAGUGUAGACGUAACUGUCUUGAUAAUACAGCAUGCCAAAAAAAGUGGUCUCCUAUGGUCAACUUACCCCGUGUAUGGGUUGAAUACAACACGUAACAUUAACAGGAAUAGGCAGUAGGGAUACGGCUCAACUUACCCCGUUCCUAUGGUCAACUUACCCCGUGUAUAGGGUAAGUUGACCAUAGGAGCGGGGUAAGUUGAGUUGAGCUGUAUCCCUACUACCCCUCCACUCUCCACCUCAGCCCUUCCUCACCUUCUCUCUCCCUAAAUAACAUUCACUUCUUCAUAUUCAUGUGUAUUUUUAUCUUUUAUAAGCUAUUCAACUGGUACAAUAAUUAUUCUUCUUAUUAUUACAUAUAACUGUUAAAAAGCUGUUUUGUAAAAAGACAUUUUAACAUGAGAAUGACUUUGAGUGAUUCAGAACAUUCACAGCUGUAUUUUUGAAAAGAAAAAGUAAAACAUUUCAAUAAUCUGAACUGAAACUGUGAUGCUCUCAUCAGACUCCUUUACUUUCUCAACUUACCCCUGAACUACUAUUAUGACUUUAUUAGUCCUCUAAGCUAAAAUGGUGGACUUUUCUGCUAGGUUUUUGACCUCAUGUUGUAGCUCACAGAUACCACAACUGAUGUAUGAAACAAAUCUAAAAUGAUCUUUUUUGGUCUGAACACAAUUCUAAUAAAACUUAUGACAGACUCAAUUCACUUUCAAGAGUGAAAAAUGCUUUUUGAAAAUAAAUGUCUUACCCCUUCACCCAUGUGCUUCCAACCUUCAAAGACUCCAUGAAUUGAUGCCCAUCUCCUAAAAUAUUUGGUCACAUUAUCAAUUUUUUUUACCAUUUCCAAGCAACAGAGGAUGGCUCAACUUACCCUUUGGCUCAACUUACUCCACUCUCCCCUUUGGUUAUUUUAUCAGGCCUGGAUUUCGGUCAUGCUCUCUGUUUGACAUGCAUGACACGUUCAUUUCUCCCAUCAGUGCAGGAAUCUGCAGCACAAGUAUGCAGGAGGAAUAUACUUAAAUAAGUUAAAACUUUAAGUUCUGACUUAAUCCAUAAUGUGUUCCCAUCAAUACAGUCAGAAAUCUUAGGAAUGACAUAAACAGCUUACAAUUGAUCAGAUUCUGUGUCCAGAAAGAAGCAGAGAGAAGACAGGGUUUGACAGAUUAUCUGCUAGGCUGACUAUCAGGGUCGAUAUUCACGCUUUGACGGAUUAUCUGUAUUGGAAAGGUGUGCUCAUAUAGGGCGAUUAAUCAGACUUAUCCGCAUGAGUUAAAAUAAAUGCAGGUAGCUUGAGAGGACAUAAUAACUGUACUGUCAUUAUUAAAAACAUUGGAACUUUCUGUGUAUGAUGCUUAAAGUUGAUUAAACAUUUGAUAAAAGCAUUUAAAUAGUCUCUUUUUUGGCUUAUUGUGGUAUUCCAAAUUCUAAAUUUUGACAGGGAGAUAUUCAUCUUCAUUGUUAAUGCACAGUGAUUCAGAAAGUCUCUCAUUGGUCUCAUGAACUCUGAAUAAGUGGCACUAAAUCAGCCCCCAAAACCGUAUAUUAGUCAACCCCUGUGAGAGGAAAAAUCUUUUAUUGCCUGCUGCCAAAGCUGGGUACGUUAUCGAGAAUUAAUCAAAACUGUUAUCAAAACGUCAGCCUAAUUUAAUCCUCCCCAUGUAAUUAAAUUUUUUGAAGUUUGUUAAUAGAUUUUCUUAAACUCUGUGAAUACUUUUUCCUACUUAUUAUUCCAAAUACCAAGUGAGAAUUCUCGAUGCAAAAGAGCAAAUUGUGAAACUACAGGCAAAACUCUGAUGGUAUCAUCAGAACUGUAGAGCCAAAUCUCAAAAGACAGAAUUAAAUAAAUGUUUUCUCUUUCAAUUCAUAUUUUUGUAGAGUAAAGAAAUGACCAAAAUUGACCAAAAAUGACCAAAAAUGAAGAAGCACACAUAGCCUUGUAACAAUUCAAGGGCAAAAGGCUAAAUUAAGAGGAUAAAGUCAACCCAAACGUUGGAGUAACCUUAACUUUGUACACGCUCUUCUCUCUCUUGAAUGUUUUGAAUCUGAUUAAGGUUAUAAUGAACUGUUAAGUGUAGUGAAAUCAAAGUAUCAGAAUAAUAUAGAAUGUGGUUUAACAAAAUAAAGGAGAAAAUAAUCACCAUCAUUGUCUUUUGUGGUAUUUGGUUGAGAGAAACAGCUGUGUAUUUGUGGUUACCGCUCUGUUGUUCAUUGUGCCUGUGCAGCCCAUUGCAGUAAGUGUUGUUGUCUCUUCACUGUUUUUGCAGCUGAUCUAUGAGAGCUUUGCCCGGUAUCUAGUGGAGCAUAAAGGCUAUGACAAGGACCUGCUGAACCUAACCCCGGCUACCUGGGAUUUCUGGUGAGUCAGCAGCUGCAGGUCCCCUGACCUAUGGGGGAACUGUGUCACAGUGCGGUGCGGUGAAUUUUAAUUGUUUUCCAGCCAUAUAAAGAGGAAACUACUGGAUUUUUAUUUAGCCGGGGGCCUAGUUUUAUAUAAUCCAGGGACUGAUGACUAAUAGGUACACAAAGUUUAAUUUCCCCUCUUGAUUGAAUUUGUUGGCAGCUGUGAAUCAGACAGCUUGUGCUGUAGUAAAAUCCCAGUGAAACAAUUUGUCAGGUCAGAGUCUGUCCAUUAAAAUAUCUCAUAACAGAAAUGACUCCUCGUGAUUAUUUUGGAGUUUUGUGCAUAUGUGAAAAGGAGGUAACUUUAUGAAACAGAUUUUAAUGGAUGGGAUAUUUCUCAACAUAAAUAAAGCCAUAUCGAACAAGUGUUAAGGAAGACAAAAUUCAGCUUUCAUUCAGUCAGUGCAGGACACCUAGAGAGUAUCUCAGCAUGAUUUGCAGUUUAACAAAUGUCUGUGAAAACCCACAUAUUCUACUUCAGCUUAAAACACUUCACUUAAAUUGCUUUUCCACCAAUACAAAUUCAGAAGUUUUUUUGGUGUUACUUCUUACACAGCUUUCUGGUCACAAAAUUACUGAAUAGUUUUGCCUUUACAGAAAUCACCUAAGGCUUGCUGUUAGUGUCCACAUAGCCCUCAAUUCUAUGCUAUCUAUUUUUCUUUUAGCUCCUGUUAUAAUGUUACUUACAGCUUGUGCGUGUUACUUUUUACACAGCUUUUUAUACACCCCAAAGUUUCAUCUUCGUUGAAACUUUUUGAGUAUGACCAAUGUUGCCCAUACUAGCUCUCUAUUGCACGUUAGCUGGUGUUCCAUUAUCAGCUGUGGUAAAGUUGCUUCCAGUUAAUCUUCAUGAAGAACCACAUAAAAACUUCACACUGUUUUUUGAGCCUUUGUCUUAAGAAAGAGAAAAAAGCUGAGACUAUUCUUCACAACAGAAAAACACUUAGAGGAACUUUCAGAGACAGACUGAUCAAACAAAGAGCAGAGGGUGCAUCUCAUGUUAUGAAGCUUUGCUGAUAUCAGAACUUGAGAGGCAAAUGGCCCCAGAUAAUUUCCAUGCAGGAUUUAUAACAGGCUGGAUUUUGUGUUCAGUUUUAAAGGGCUGGUGGUGGAUCUGGACGACGGAAACCUGGUGAAGCUGGCUGAAGAUGGAACAGUACUGCGGUAUGUUUGUCCUGUAUAUAACACUGUAUUUGAUCCUAAAUCUCUGUUUUCGUUAUUUCCCCCGCCCUUUAAAUUGAAGUAAGUCAAAUAUUUUCUGUCUUUCUUGAUUAGGGCGACACAUGGGACCAAUGACCUCAGCACAGAAGAGAUCAUCAAACAUUAUGGUCCAAACAGAGAAUGGAAACACUUUAACAGCCUCAAUACAUCCUUCACAAGAUCUGGUACAACGGUUUUAUUCACCUCAAUAUUACCUGAUAGCAGAGUUAUUGGCUCCUAAAGACGAAUUCUGAUAUUCUAAAAAGCUGAUAUUAGUUUUUCUUUGAUACUCUGUGUCUUUUAUAAACAAUAAAACAAAUGUGAAGAAUAUAAUGAAUGCAACUAAGUCAUAUUAAAGCAAACCUGGCUUGGUGCUUAGGAGUUGAUCAUCUCUUGUCGUUCACAAAAGAAAUCUGAAGCUUAUAUUUGUGCCACUGGGAUAGCUCAAUCCUUCAUAUCCAUAGCUUCAUUUCAAUAGUACUGAUGAUUUAAGAUUGGUAUAAAAAAAUUAUCUAAACUUACUAAAAUAUCAGAUUUUAAUGCAAAAAAUAUAAAAAGGAGAAUUUUAACAAAACAUUUUAAUAUGCUUAUUUAAAUAGCUGCAAAUGGUCUGGGUAUCGUCUAUGAGAGGAAAACACUUUUAAAAAUCAAACUUAAUCCUUUUAGCAGCAAACCAGCACCUUGAGUUGACUCACUUUGAUCUGGCACAUUUGCUCCCAGUGAUUAUGCUACAGCCUUCAGCUCCUAUUUCAUGGCUUUUAAUCAGGAAUGUCAUGUUGCACCUCCAAAACCUUGUUUGUGAAUUAGCCCGGGUCAUUUAACAAAAUAUGUAUCAGAAUUCCCCUUUAGGUGUGCUCAUGCAGUGACUGCAAUUCUUCUCAAAACUGCAUUUUUCACAGUUUCAUUUGCUUAUUUAUUUAUUUGUUUGGAAUUUGCAGCUAAAUACUACUUCUAUGACAACUAUUUUGAUCUACCUGGGGCGCUCCUCUGUGGAAGAGUUGUGGACAUGUUACAUAAGGUAAUUUAUUUGGAACAAAUUUUAUCAUUCUGCAUUUUUGAUUGAAAUUUUAUGUGUAAAAGCAUACAAAAAUCAACCUUUCUUUGUGUAUAGAGAGGAAAUGAGGUGAACUCUGACUUUUGGAAGGACAUGGUUGCUGCUAUCGACCACAAUUACAACACAUCUGCAUUCAAAGGUAUGUGCUUUUGUUCUGAAUCAGCACACAACUGUGUAUUUAAUAUUUUUUCAAGAAGUUAUGCUGAAAAGAAAAACACAAAGAGAACACAAGGACUGUACUUGUCUUUUUGAAACUUAGGUUUUAUUCUGUGUUUUGGUCAGUAAGUGGUACACAACUUAACACAUCCAAUGGGACAUUAAUGUUACAAAAAUCAGUUUGAUUUUUUCCACUCUGCGUUGUUCUGCUUGUCACAGUGCUUGUGAGAAUGUGCUGAUCUCAAAUGACAUAUUACAACAGUUUUGCGUGUCUUUCGUAUUUAUAUCACUGGAAAAUUUUGAACAACAGACAUUAAAAAAAUAAACACAUUUAAAAGGCGUACUGUAAAUGUUACAGGCAGAUGUAAAGCACCACUUAUGAAAUCUGUGUCAAUAUUUUCUCACGUUUCCUGAAAUUGUUGGCACACACAGUAGGGGAACUGGGUAAAGGGGUCAAGUUCAACCAUUUAUUUUUAAAUAUUACUCUUUCGUUCCUUUGUUGGUCAAAAACAAAUCAAAGACUUUUUGAUUGUUGCACAUAAUUAAACGAGACAAUUUUUAUGAUUUGAAAUAAAUUUUCUUUUAUCAUAAACUCAAUUUUGACUUUUUUAAUUUCUCUGAGCAGUUCAAUGAUUUGUUGGAGGAUUUACUUCGGUUUGUUAAAUCACGUUGAGGCAAUCAAGAACCCAGAGAAAACGCAGUGAACAUUGUCAGCUGCAAAUAUGCCAUUGCUCUCCUCAUCAGGUACCUGAACAUAGACUCUGUCACCAGGAUGCAGGUUAAGGACUGUGCUGCCGGACAUCUGAUCAAGGAAGCCCUUAUUGUACUCGUCAUAUGUGAAAAGAACAGGCUCAUCAUUUUUGUAGAGAGCCACAAGGGCAUUAGCACCGUUGACAUGGACAUGGAAGCUGAAAUAGUACAGACCUGGGACCUGGCAGUUGAACACACCACUGUGGCUGUCGUAGUGGUGCUCCCCAUUGUACAGAACCUGGUUGAACACAAUGGGGGUGCCAGCUGGAGGGUAGGCCUGGGUCAGCACAGCACUGAAGGCAGACAUGGGGGCCUUCAUCAUCUCAUGAGGCAUCACAACCUCAUGAGACUUGACUGGCAUGGCCUUUUCAUGGUGGUAAACUACCUCUCCUGGUGGACCGGGGGGACCUGGAGGGCCAACGGGGCCUGGGUGACCAUCUUCACCUCUGGCACCUGGAAUUCCAGGGGGACCAUGUGGGCCAGCAAGUCCUUUAGCGAUCUGGCCAGCUGGGCCAGGUGGGCCUGGAAGACCUGGAUGGCCCUUAAGCCCAGAGGGACCUGCUGGUCCAGGGGGUCCAACUGGUCCCAUGCCUCCUGGCAUUCCCAUUUCACCAGGUUUUCCUGAUGAUCCUGGGGCUCCUGUGUGUCCCUUUGGUCCUGGGGCACCAUUUGCACCUGGAAUUCCUGGAGGUCCACCAUGACCUUGUGCACCCUUAGGACCCUGAGCGCCAUUAUGACCUGGCAUGCCAGGAGGACCUACUGCCCCAGGGGUUCCUGGUUUUCCUGUGAAACCCUGAGCUCCCUGCUCACCUUUGGUUCCCCUUGGGCCUGGUGCACCAACCAUGCCAACAUCACCUUUGGGUCCAUGUGGACCUGACUCACCCUGGAAUCCUCUUGCACCUUGUGGACCAGCUGGGCCAAUAGGACCUGGAGCACCUGGUUGACCAGUAAAACCAGUAGGGCCUGGCUCUCCUUUCUGACCAGUUGUUCCAGGACUACCGGGAGAUCCUCUGCUACCUGGAAUUCCAGGUUCACCUGUCUUGCCCACUCCUGGCAUGCCAGGGGCGCCGUUCUGACCAGCUGGACCCUGUGGACCUUUUGGACCCAUAGGUCCAGGUGUACCUGGGGUACCGUUCUGGCCUGAUUUUCCUGGUGCACCUGUACCUGGAGCACCUGUGUGACCCUUUGGUCCGGGCAUACCCAUUGCACCAGGAGCACCAUCUCUACCUGGCAUGCCAGACUUUCCUGGCUCUCCAGGAUAACCAGUGGCACCAGGUUUACCAACUCCAGGUUUGCCUGGCAUUCCAGAUGGGCCCAUUGGUCCAACUGGGCCUGAGGCUCCUUGAACUCCAGGGACUCCAAUGCCUCUCUCUCCCUUGGCACCAGGAAUACCGGGAAUGCCAGGAUGUCCCUUCAAACCAGGCUCUCCUCUGUGUCCCAUUGCUCCAGGAAUGCCAGCUGGUCCAGGUUUUCCGACAGAAGUAAGUCCAGCAGGUCCGGGGGUUCCAGGUGAACCAGGUGCACCUCUUGGACCCAUCUGUCCAGGUGCGCCAGUGGCACCUCUUUCGCCAGGGAUGCCUGGGCUUCCUGGUUUUCCAUUACCUCCUGGGGCACCAGGUUUGCCUGGAUAAGAGUGGCCAGGGGCUCCAGGGGUUCCAGGUGCUCCUGGUGGUCCAGCAUGUCCAACACCACUCUUUCCAGGAGGUCCUGGUGGUCCCAUUGGUCCUGGCUCUCCUGGAGGUCCUGGAGGCCCAUCCUGGCCUGCAACGGCGGCAGGGGCUGGGGCUGGGGGACACAAAGUGACGUGAUGUCAGCAUUGAGGUUACCUCAUACACAUUGUAGUGUCACAUUGUCAGGUGUCUUUAUGAGUCAAAUCGGUUCAGUUUGAUAGUUAUGGUUGGAUUUACUGAACUGUCAGUCUCUUUUACUGAAACUUAAUCCCAAAUUGAAAACAGUGCAGCAACCUCACGAUGUUGUACAAUAUUUGCAUGCAGAAAAACACAAACCAGCAUACAAGAAAAAAAAAACCAUGAACAGUUUUUAAUUAAGACAAAAUGAAUAUAAUGUCCAAAGGUUCAUGACCAAGAAGCGACUCAAUCUCUGAGCAUUUUUUCCACAUUCUAUGACCUCUCUUCUACUCUGUGCCAGAUGUAGGAAUCUAUUUUUGCUCCUGAAUAACUUAAGCUUUGGUAUUCCCUUGAAGACCACAACCUGACUGAAAACCCUGCUCCCAGAAAUUUAGUAGGGGAUGUAGGGAUAUCACUCAUUUUUUCCCAGGACCUGUAGUCCAAGCUAAAGUUCCCACAAGUCUCACUUCUCUGGGCCUGGGACUCGACACACUGCCCUAUAAUGCUUUCCAUUUUCAUUUGGCUGAACCAUACUGCACCCUUUAAUUUCCUGCAUUGCCCAUGACCCUGAAUGUAUAGUUAGUGGUUUGCAAGUUGUCAGCAUUGCUAUGCAUUUCCUGCCACAUAGCAUGGAGUUUUUUGGAUGAGGUCAGAUGAGUUCAUUUAUAUCCCUUUAACUGGUUUAUCUGAUAUCAGUUCAUUACACUGACUAUAUAUGUAGGGUCAACAUCUGAAAUAAUACUGAAUAAAAAGGACAUUUUGCUGUCAAAAUAUUGUUUUGUCCCAGGACCUUAACCCUCAAGCCCACAAGAUACCCAUAUCAUUUCAUUCUUCAAUAUUUUAUUAUGUUUUAGUUAUUUUUCAUUUAAUACACUCCUUCAGUUAGAUAUAGUAUAAAAAGUGAAUCAACUCCUUCAGAACUUAUUUUUACAGCCAUAAAUAUUUGUGAGUUGUAUCUCUUGCACUAAAAACAAAAGAUCUUCUCUCUUGCGAUUCACAGGGAGCGUCCCUGAAACCACAGUCGUGCAUCAUAAAUCUGGAAGCAUAGUUGCCAAAAGGGAAGUAUGACCUGUCGAAGAGUCCAAUAUUUGAGCCUUUCUUGUUGAAAAAGUUGUGUUUGAGAGGAAGAUGUUUUGAAAGGGCUGUCAUUUUGAAGCCACAUGAGGCCAUGCCUGAAACCUCACACGGGAUGUUUGUGCCAGGAUUGGACUUCUUGGCAGCCAGAAAUGCCACAAAGUGGAGGUCAGUGAUGACUCUCGCCACGCUAGCUGACCUAGGAGCUGAACUACGUGUGACCUGCUGCAAGACACCAUUACUCUCAUCCCCAAACCUGCACUUAUAUGUCUCCCCAAUUUGGUCGCCUUUGGUCAACACCCUUCUCAUCCUUUAUAUUUAGGGAAAAUGGCUUCAUUGUCUCUGCUACUGUAAAUUUGCUGUGGUUUCUUAAUUAGAUUUACUGUUUGAACAUGUGCGCGCACAGUCUGUGUUUCUUUUCAUCCAAAUUGUGCGGGGUGAGUUCAAAACCACAAAAACAGUUUGCAAGGGCGUGCCUGUGACGUGGUACCAACAUCUGUUUUGGAGAUUUGUCAAAUUUAAACUCUCAAUCUCAACUUUUUGGUGUAUUUAUGCAUGCAGACAAACCACAUCAGAGCUUUCUUAAAAACUGAAUAGUACAAAAAUUCCUGACUGAGGCACAGAGUUUGGCUCACCGUUCAGUUGAUGACUAGAUUACACGGUUAUACAUCAUUUCAGCAGUCACGUCAUGGCCACUGUUUUUGUUUUCUUUAUGACACAAGCAAAAUUGAGGGUUGAGUUCAAUACCCUUUAUUUAUCCGGAGCACAACUGCACCUUUACUGCAAUAUCACUGCCUCCCUGCUGUACACAGUUAAAUACAUUCACAGCAGGUUAGCCACUUCAACCACAGCUCUCUGCUCUCGGCCAAUCAGGGGCUGCGUUGAGCCUGCACCAUGAUGGUAAAGGGGGGUAUUAUUAGGUGAUGUGCAUGAGUGAAUGAUCUUUCACGUGGCGUUUUAAAGAUUUUUAACUAAAGGUGUUUGAGUUCAUUCAGGUUGAUUUGGAAUUUAGGCUUAGCUUUGAGGGUUUUGCUGGUUGUAGCUGCUACAGCCCUAGUUUUAUUUCACAGUGCUGUGUUAGGAUGUGUUUUCAAGGAUUUAAUCAUUUGAGGUUAUUGCUUGCGUUUGCCUUUUGUCGCACCAGGUUGCUGUCAUUUCUUAAAAAUCACUUAAGAGUAGGUUCUUCAACUGCUUCUUUACUCUUAGACAUUAAAUCUUUGCAAGCCCAAAAGUAAGACUUAAUUUGUUGUAACUUUGGUUGUUUCCAUUGUCUAUGUUUUAUAUGAUUACUAAAAAAGAGGAAAAGACUGAGGAACUUUUUUGCUGAUCAGUUGGUCUGGCUGAAGGUAGAUAAUAAAGCUUGAUUUAAACAGACACAGUGCUUAUUUUGGGCUUCUCUUUGUUUCCCUCAAAUAAAUUUGAACUGCUUGAAUCUGCAGCAAAUCUCCCUUAUCCCUAAUCUCACAUUUGAGAUGUUCAAGUUUACAAGUUCUUGCUCCGAUGAUAGAAGGCAGAAGUCACUCACCAUGACUCUUGACGGGAUAGGGAGUCUUGCUCACUCUAUGGUAGUAUCUUUCAGGGGUUGCCUCGGCCAGAGCCAGGAGGACGAGGAGAACGCUUGUUACCCUCAGGUCCAUCUUGGGAAGCUAAACCUGCAAAGACAGAACCAAUUCAUGAGAGGACCCCUUAUUGACGGUCAUCAGCAGCAGCAUGCAUGAUUGUUUUAGAGAUGCAUUGCACCUGUGUUCUUGGUUCACAGGCCAAAAUGUGAGAGUCAGAAUGAGGAGUUUACAUUACACUUCUUCGUCAUGCAAGAAUACAUCGUGAAUUUUUUUUGCAAUGCAAUCAAAACGUGUUGCAUAUUUUCCCACACAGUUGUAUCCACCAAAAUCUUGUACAGAGUAGUUAAAAGAAUCUAAUUUGAUCAGUCACAGUCACAGUCACAAAACCCGAUCCAGAGUAAACCCAGCUAAAGCACAUGGCUCAUUACAUUUUCAACAUCACUCUCCACUGGUAACCCUCCCCUCACUGAGCGCCGGCUGCUGCUGGGAAUCCCCAGUUUGUUAACUUUAAAUCAGGAGAAAAAGCCGCCUUACCUCAAAGGUUUAUGCUCCUUAACAGUGUGGGGGUCCGGAGGCUGCUGUCCCGGCACUCUUAUAUCCUUUAGAUGAGGAGUCUGUCUGUCUGAGCGGCGGCUGCUGCUUCCCAGGGCACUGGGCUCAAGGUAUUUAUACCAAGCCGGUCUGCACCAUCGUGGAGGAUCUACCUCGCGUGGAAGUUCCCUCCCUGCUCUGAUGUCAUCUUUAAUGACGGGGGCCAUGUCCUCAGGAGGCCUGUCACGUUAAGGGUGCCGGUCCUCCCUCUACUCCCCGUCUCUUUUGUUGAAAUUAAACUCUUCAUCUGCACAGAGCAGCAAAAACACUCCUGUCACAUUCGCUUUCGGGUGACAUUUUAAUGAGUUAUUUCGUGAUUUAUACUAACUCAGUAAUGUACAAUUAAAUUCACGUUGCGCAGUGAACUGCUCUUAAAUUUAACCUCCUUAUUUGCACUUUUUGACAGAUGACUCAGGCCAAACGCUUCGUCUUUUUAUAACUACAGAAACACAGGUGUUUAGUGCUAAAAAAAAACACUUUAUUGACUAAGUGGCUCAAAACCGGGUGUUUUUCUGGAAAAGUAAAGACUGUGCAGGUCUGACAAUAUUUUCAUCCUGUCUGAAACUCUGUACGGGUGAGGCUGUGGGACACGUUGUUAACCACACGGCUAAUUUUGUCAAGUUGGUCUAACGUGAAAUUGCUCCCCAGCUUUUAAUGGACACUGGAAACGUGGAAGUUUGUUUUUUACUUCUAAAGUCUGGCUUUGAAAGACAGCAUGCGGUAGUGGCAAAGUUUAGUGCAUUUUAAGUGUUGCAAACUUGUUUUGUUUUUUAGAUUUAAAGCUAAAAGUGAAGUCUGAGUUGCUGCAGGCGGGUUUGAGUUUGUGCAGUGACUUGAGGCUGUCUACAAACUGCAUGGUCAGGGGUUUUCUUCAGUGCAGCUUUAAGACACCAGGAGGCAGGAGAGGAACUUGGAACCAAGCAAAGCGCUCAGUUGUGAAUGUGCACACUUGUCAUUUCCCAUCAAGGGUUCCAACAAUCUCAGAAGAGUUAUUUUUCCAACACAAAGAAGAAGAAAAAAAAUAGUGGUUUAGUUUUGUGAUUAAAUAUGUAUAUCAGCCUUUAAAAUAUUUUACUAAAACUCGAUCAUAAUCAAAUAAUGAAGUUGAGAGCUUUGGUGUUAGCUGCAGCCAAAAUCAAAGUUUGUUAAUGGAGUCGUUUGUAGUUUCAAGCAGAAAGUUUUGAUAUUUUUUACUUAAAGAGUAACAACCUGAGGUGAUUGUAGAUUGUAUUGAUGGGGCACCUUUUUUUGGAGAAGCUGGUCUAGUGUCAAGAAGAAGAAGAAAAAGCUAACUAAUGUUGUACUCAGGAUUUUAGUGAAUAUAUUAUAGCCAAUCUAAAGAGUCAUUUUAAGAAGUCAAAGUCAGAUUAAGUUCAAGAGUGUGGCUGGCAGAAGUCUUAAAUAAGCCCAAACUGAUAGCUGAUUUUGGUUACACAGAGGACCAAUCAGGGGAGUUAAAUCUCAGCCAAUUAUUCAUAUUCAUGAACUAAAAAAAUCAACUUUUUAAUGAUGACAAUAUAAUUUCCAGAAAGUACACAGAAGUCUGGCAUCUCAAACUACUACGAUCAUAUUGAAAGAAUCAUCUCCAUUCAACUCUCACCCAUUUCUUAUGGAAACAAAAGGUUGUGUUAAAAAUAGAUGGCAUAACAGUUCUCCAAAAGUGAAGCUAAAAAGCUACCACAGAGGGCUUUCGUAGCCUGUCUCCAUGUGAGUAGAUGGCACAUGGUUGUUCUUAAAGCUGAUGAGUAAUUCUUAGAUCACGGUUAAUCCCUGAUUUGCAAUAUUUUACUGUCCAAAUUUAAGAUUUUAUUCUUGUUCAAAUACAGCUAAAGAAUGUGAUGGUGCUGUACUCUGGUUAAGAAGUUAAUGGGGUUAACACAGUGCAGUACAGAUUGAUGCUUUGAUCUGUGCUGCAAGCCUGCAAGGCUUUGAUCCUGUUUUAAAUCUAUUGGGCUGAAUAUUGAUGUUUUCUGAGCGUUUUAAUACUGUUGCAGUAGGCGGUCAGAAUCCAAAUCCAAACAUCCCUAACCAUCAUGGGAGUCUUCCUGCUUAUUCCUGAUACAAGUAGAUUCAUAAUCAUGAAUAUUUGAUGCCUGAUGUAUUGCUUGAGAUCACCGUCUUGUCAAAAAAUUGUAAUAAAUGUCAGGUUUUUGGUGAUGCCUGCAUCCUUUAAAAACUGCCAACGUUUCAGAGCCGCAGAUGAGCGCUCAGUCAGCCAUGGGCAUCUUUGGUAAACUCUUCAAGUGAAAUGACAGAGUAGUGUGGGGGUGGAGUCGGCAUUUAACAGCUUUGAAAGCUGCAGAUAUGCCAUUGCAUCUACCCAUGAAAGUGGCUGCGACCACAGCGAGGCACGGCUCCUUUUUAUUACAUUUAACCCUUUUUUUUUUCUCGUCUCUCUUUCUUUGGCGUGUCAGAAUUAAUGCCUCCGUAUCUAAAUCUGUCCGCCGUGAGGUUUAAUGUAAAGGCCCACUUAGAUCCACGUGCUGUGUCUGGGUAUGCUCCUGCCGUGUAUGGUGAAAGGCUGUCAUAGUGCAAAACAUGUAAUUAGGAGGGGAGAUGUGCCGUAUUGGAGGCAGAAGAGACAGAGAAUGGUGCUGAGUUUCUCUGUUUUCAGACAGCUCAUGAUGACAGGGUGGGCUGUAUAUCUGGGAAGGGUCUGCUGCUGCUGCUGUAACCAUUGUUUUCCCACUCCCAAUAUCUGAGCAUGUUGCUGCUGUACUCCACUCCAGACGUGACUUCAUGCUUUUUCUAAAUGAUGAUGACGAUGCUUGUCCCUAUAAAACAAAAUGUGUCUGUUUUUCAUAUUUUCUGGGAUCAAGUCAAGCCAUUUUGUAACAAAAACAUGUCUGGUAAGUGUCCCAAAAACCCACAUUUGUCUUGAUGUAGCAGGUUUUGUUAAAGUAGGUAAAGAAUGAUUAAAUAGAUUGUUAAAUGAGUUCCAAAAUGUGUGUUGCAAAAAGGAUUAUUCAGUCAAAACUGCAAUUUUUCUGCACUGGAAAUGAGCUAGAUGUUCACAAAAUCAAUAAAUCCAACACCUUGUCUUUAAUUUUUUGGCCUUUUUUCUCUUUCCAGGAUUUUUAACCCAUCUUUUAAAAGUUUUAAGUUUGUUUCUUGGGCACAGAACCUUUCUCACAUCUAUCUUUUGAACACUGAUUAAACAUAGAUUAGUGUUUGACAUGCUUGCCUUUUCUAGACAGUGUCCAAAGAUGGGUUUAAACCUCACCUUUAAAAGGCCACUAAAGCAGCUGGAUAGUUACAAUGACCAUGACCCUUAACAUACGGCUCUCAACAGAGACACAGAAAUAAUUCUGAAGAUGAUCUGUCUGCUGCCCAAUUCUGUACUUAAUUGUCCAAAAGGAGUGCAAGAUACUGUACCAUGCUUGUUUGCAAAUGUAUAAGAUUUUUAGUAUUGAACGCACCUCUACUGCCAGCACCUUGCAAAAUAAUCAUAUUGCACUUGUUGCAAGCGUGCGUUGGACUGUUUUCAUUUUCUUGAUGAAAAUAAAUACACACUACUUUUGCCUAUAAGUCGUUAACGCGAGAUGACAAGUGUUUUUUUGUAGUUGUGUUUGUUUUAAAUUUCUUCAGAAUUUAUGGGUCUGACGUUUGCUGGAAUAACAACUUCCUGACGCUGAUUAGUUAAAAUAGAAAGUCCAACUUUGUCAGGCCCACCCUCAAGAAGAGAGGAAAACAACUUUUCAAAUGUUUGUUUGUUGACAGGAAGGCAGAUCCAUCAUUCCUGGUGCAUUCCAGGGAGUCAGGAAAUCUAACUACCGACUGGCUUUUGCAACACAGCAUUAAGCAGAUUUGUUGCUUAAAUUACAUCUUUUUUAUUUAGGAUGGUUUGUUUGCUGCGAUUGCAUGAGGAGAUCUGUUUAUAGAUAGAAAUAAAUCGUCCUCAGAUUACUCCUGAAGAAAGCCUGGAUACUGUGGAUUGUGCUCCUCCUGCUUUUGCUUUCCAUACGCACCAUUCCCCCUUCAGACGCAAAAACCUGCUCCAACCUGAUUGGAUUGCGUAAUCUAUAAGUAGAGGUUGCGUGUCGCUUGCACCAUGCCAGUCCAUAAAGCUGUUAAAAUCUAAAGGGAGGGGGAAAACAUGCAACGAUAAAGUCAUAAAAAAGAAACGUCUCAAUCUGUAUGUUUAAUUCAAGGAUAUAGCAGAAUAACAUUUGUGCAAUAUACUAACUUUUUUGACAUUUUCCUGUGUGGUUGCAGAAGUUUGCAAAAGUCACGGUGCGUAAGAGGAAAGGAAAAAGGAGGCAGGUUCAUGCAUCUGUGCCAGCAAGGAAAAGAAGAGUGGAAAGUAGGAGCUAAAGAUAGAGAUCUUUAGCCGGGAAGUGACGUUGAUUUAACGUUUUAAUAAACCAAAUGUGCCACUAAGAGGCACGUAGAGCUUUAUGAAUGGAAUGGCUGGAGCUGGACCUCCUGACUGAGUGUUAGCUGCAAUUACAGCGACCCAAGACAAAAAUCAUGGUUGGAUUUUGACCAACCUGAGGCUGAAGUGCAGUCAGAAUAGCAACCAAAAGCCUCCCCUGCAUCCUCUUGGAUUUUCUUCCUUCUUUUUAAUCUCAGCAACGUCUCGCCCAAGUCAUUAUGAAAUUAUGGACAGGCUGGUUUCAGGAGAAAAAGGAAUCAAAGGGACAAAUGCUGAUUUUCAACGGCGACCAAAUGAGACUGUGCCUAAGCCAAGAUUUACGUAGUUCGGGGGCAGGUAAUUGGCUACUUUAGAGGCAAUUAUCAUAAUCAAAACUCAGUAGGCGCUUUAAUGACCAAGACUUUCAUUUUACCGUGCCUUCCCCAGAAGCUCAUAAUCUGCAGCAUUCACUAGAAAUAGUCUUUCUAAUCCAUUCAUGCCAGCACUCAAGUUUAUCUCCAACAAUUUAACUCAUUUGCACAUUUUUCUUUUGACGAGCUUUGAGUUUUGAAUAUAUUUAAGCCAGAUGUUAAUUAUAAGCCAGAUGUUAAUUAUAUGAAUCAGCAGUUUCUCAGAACUAGUGAACAAACGUUUUUCCGUCAAACAUCUGUGCUUCAGAUGUUUUAUUUAAACCUUCAUCCUCAGACAGAUUCAGGAGUAGAAGUAAGACUGGCUGUAAACCGUUGCUUUAAAUGAACUGUUUUCAUUGUUUACAAGUUGUUUUUUUAAAACAGGAGCCAAAUUAGUGUCUUUUUCGGGUAAAAUACGAGGACCUGGUGACUGAAAAAAAGUUUUAAAAAAAAGAAGUGAGUGAGACACUAAAAGGGGAAAAGUAGUGCUCUUGGCAUUCUUUUGCAUGUGUACAUAUGGCAUUAAGGAGAGCUUCAAGCUGAGCUGACACAAGCCUAUGCGUAGUUUCAGGUCAGUAGUGUGAUCCACAGAGGUAAAAAAAAUAAAAUUGAAAAUGAAAAUCAAAUUAUAAAAAAAAGAACUCAGUAAAGAAAAAACAACAACAGAAUUAUCUUAACUGCUGUUAAGUUUUGGGGGACGUGAGAUGAAAAGGUUAAAAUCAGUUAUGACGUUAAAUGAAAAAGUUUAAAUCGACUAGAAACACACUGAGAUUCGAGCUGCUGUACAGUUCAGGGUCUCCUUUGUCUUAUUUGUGCUCCAAAAGUUCUCAAUGGGUGACAAUCAGGACUGCAGGGAGGCCACGUGCAGCACAAGCUGUUCAGGAUCGUGUGUAAGCUACCCAUGUCAUGGACAGUCAUGAUCCCCAUACCAUCAGGGGUGCUGGCUUUUGACUUUGAGCUGAUAACAAGCUGCUUGGUCCGUCGAGCAGUGUCCAUUAUUUCCCAACGAAUGUCAUUUUGAUUUGUCAGACCACAGGACAGUUUUCCACUCCCCUCUCAAUCCAUCUUGAAUGGACUCAAGUCGAGAGAAGUCUCUGGUGUUUGGGGAUUCUGUUUGAAUCUGGUUUCUUCUUUGUAUGGUUCGGUUUUAACCAACAUUUGAGGAUGCAGUGACUAACUGCGUUCAUAUACAAUGGUUUUUAAAUGUGAUUUUGAGCCCAUGCAGUGAUUUCCACUACAGAGUCAUGAUGAUUUUAAUGGAGAGCUGUCAGAUGGCCUGAAGAUCAAGACGAUCCAGCGUCAGUAUUAUGUACUAUAGAUUCACUGAUUCUUUGACGAAAAAAUGCCAUCGCAAAUGGACCUCAGUGGUUACCCCUUACAACAUCCCAUAACUUGUGAGUCCACCACAAAAAGAUUUUCCCUUUGGACUUUCCAUUGGUAUUGUUUCCACGGCGCUGACACAUAAUUUUAACAAAUUAUACGCCAUCAUCACAUGGUGCCAAGUUAAGAAGUCAUGGUCAUUCUGUAUAUUGCUUUUCGACCACUAAGACCAUCUUUCUUUGCCAGAGAACAGACCUUUUACAACCUGUGGCUGUUUCAGCGCUCCACAACAUAUUACAUUUGUAUGUGUAUUCUGGGAUAUUUCUUCAACAUAAUUCUUGCACUUUUACUAGGGGAAGUGACACGCUUGCAAACUAAAGGGUUGUUGACCACUGCGUCCUAUGGCCAAGAACAAGUCUUUGUUACCGUGUGCCGUCUACACGCUGUAUGGAAAGGAUCUUGAACCUUUUGUCAUUGGUCUGCUUCUACAGUUUCUACAUCUGGAGCUCAUCCAAGAGAGUGUAACAUGUUUAUUUGUUCCCGGACAAUGUUUCAGCGUAGAACAGACUUUCCAUACCCGUUGACUGACUGGGGUGUUUGUGGUUGGAAAAGGUGUUGGAGGCUAAGCCCAGUAUUUUAAAAUGCUCCGGCUGUAUUAUGUUUCUGUUUUUCUUGAAGGAGUGGCCGUGUUUACUCGUUUACUCAGAGUUUAAAAUAAUGUUGCAUAAAGACACAAAUGGAAAGAGUGACACUAGCAGUUCCUGCAGAAACCAUAGGCAGACAUGUCCAGCAGUUUAGGAGUUGUUGAAGAGUUUCUUUACACCAUGAAAACACAAGCAGGACUACAAUGUGAAGGUGGGGGCCAUCACUGAAGGGAUGGUCAUGUGACAGAGCUGUUAUUGUGCUGUUUUGAAUUCCUUGUACACUCUCCCUGAACUAUGUUGACCAUUUCUGAGGUGACAACUCCAUAACACAUUCAAAAAGUUCACCACCUCGGGCCUUUCUCAGUGGUCAGAUGAUCCAAAUUGAGGAAGAGAGGAUAAUUGGUGCUGUGUCAAAUGCACACUCUUCACUUACAAUGAAAUCUCCAAAAGCUUGGCGUCAUUGACAUUUCAAGGUGAAGAAAAGUUGAAAUGAACCACAAAUAAUACUCUCAAUAUUGUGUCAGACACAGUCAAAGAGUUACUGGAUUACUUUGGCGUUUGAGUGCGGGCCAGUCGACAUACUGUGGGAACUUGUCCAAGAGACGUCCUGAGAUAGGUGUGCCACAACCAGUCAUAAACGUCAACAAUAGUUCCACACAUACACGACUUUUGUGAAACAGGGAAACAACCAAACUGGAAUCCAUGGACUGGAUUCCAGACUUUCCAAACCAUUGCCAGUUUGUCCCUUUUGGGUUACAAGUUUAGCAUGUAUGUAUGUACAGACACGUGCUUACUUACAUACUGUACAUUAGUGAUGGGCAGAUGCAGCCUUGUGAAGCUCUGGGGCUCUUUUUACUUUUUGCCAAAAAAAGAAACUUUGAAACUUAAGGUUCAGCAACCACAGUCACAUCUGAUAUCCUGCAAAACCACUGACAGUCCUCUAAGUAACGCUCUGAGGCAGCAGGACUCCUCUAUUUACAGAUUUAGUCUACUAAAAAUAAUUCUGACACCAAUACGCAGUGAUUUUGAAAAUUAUAUGUUCAUGUGUCAAAUUCACAAAUAUUGUAUAGGUAUAGUCAUGCCUUGGUGUAGCAUUAUCAAGGGAUUCCUGGAUGUCAGUGAUCAAUUAAAACUAUCCACGCUGCUAAGAAUUGCAUUUAAAUUGACUUAUUGUUUUUAAAUAAAGAUAAUGGAAUUUUGAAGAUGCAAUCCAAAUUUUAAUAAAAAAUCAUGACAGCCUACUAAAACUGAGGUUUCUCAUGACUGCAGCAACUGUCAUUUGACAACCUUUAAAGUAAAUGCAUUCAAACAGUGCAGCUAGAGCCCAUUUCAUACAAGCUUUCACUGCAAACAAACCACAUUUUUAACCUUAACAGAUGUCGGUCUCUAGACAGGAACAGCCCACUUCACAGCUGUGUCUUUGAAAACAGUGUUGUACGAUACAGAUGAGUUUGACAAGUGUUUGAAUCAGGAGGGGUAAAAGCAGAGGCUGAUAGUUUUUAUAUCGUAUGGUUUGUAAAUCCUUUUCAAACUGAUCUCAGAUUUCGAACGAUAUAAACAGAUUUGACUUGACUUCAGAGAUCUUUUCAAUAUAGGACUAACCCUCUUCAUAGCCAUGAGAAGUCUCUCUGAACCCUUCACCUGCUGGAUGUUUAUUUUUAAUAAACGUACUACCAAUGAACUCGAGUCUUGGCGUAUGAACAUGUACUUGAAGAGGUCUUUAUGGCAUCCUUAAACCAGUGCUUAUCAACCCCGGGUGGCCUGUGUCCUAAAUAGACUUGAAAUUGUGGAUUUCUCCGCCGGGCUGCUCUCCUAGCUCAGGUCUGUUGUUGUUUUUGUCGGUUGAAGUUUUAUUUUAGGUGUUGGGCUGGGAAGAAUCCCUGAGAACCAAUCUUAGUAUGGUGGGAAGAAUGCUUAAGGAAGCUCAGAAGCACUUAACUUUUUUUCCUCUUCAGUCCAAAAAAACCAAGCAGCCAGGCAUCCCUCAGUGGAAAUGAAUAAGGAGCGAGUCACGAAUAGCAUUUAUCUCACAAGCCUUAUAAAUAUCCUCGGUUUGAUUUUACCACAGCUGAUGAAUAGAUAGUACAAAUAGCCAUAGAUCUGGACGCAGUAAAAGUUAUUAUACCCAUUUAAGUGGCUUAUAUAAGACUUUAAAUACACUACAUGAAAUAUGCUUGACGCAAACAGAUCUGAAUUGUGUUUGUCUUAAUAUUUUUAGUCCCACAUUAAAAGAAAAAAGCCAAAUAAGCUGACAGAUCAGCAUCUAAAUGGACGUAUUUUGUUUGGGUUGUUGUGAAAUAUUUCAAACAGCUCCUUGCUCAGUCGGUAGCUGUUGGCUGCAGUCAGUCUGAGUGUUCAAAAGUGAAAGGAAAAAGAAAACAAAACAUCAAAGUAUGCGUUGUUUAUAGGGAUUGUUGAGAAAGCACAGAGUGAGGCUGUGAAAGAAUGAAACGAAGCUCAGGCACCGCACUCGUUUAGCUCUGCUGAGACAUGUAAACACAGUCUGAAGGUUCCUGCUCUGCCCAAAAUGGGGACCUCAUGUUUCCAAAAAGUCACUGCAGGACUGUUUUAUUGGUGCUGUUGACACCAAGACGGAGUCGUAUGAUUUACAUGUUUUUGUGUCUAAAUCCACCUUAUUGUUUUGUGUUCAGUCUCUUUAAAGAAAACAGUGUCAUAUCUUCACACACUGGUUCCAAAUCCCUAUCAUAAUGUGUCACAUUAUAUCCUAUUGUAUCAUACUGUGUUGUCUUGUGUUGUAUUAUACCAAAUUAUACUGCACCAUAUCAUAUUGUACCAUAUCAUAUAUAUGCAUAAAUGUAUUUUCACUAUCGUAUUGUACUGCUGCACAUAGUGUGACUCCUGAGAUUCGCAGCCAGCUGAACUCCUUAUGAAAUCACGUCCUCCAGGGAACAGGCAAAGUUGUGUUUGUAUGAGAUUUAAUGCCAAGAAUUUUGAAAGUGAAACAUAAACAAAAUUCAUAAAACCAGUUCAGGUGAAAUGAAUGACAUCGUGGAUCUCAUAUAUGUAGACCUACGGCAGAGAGAAGACCGUGAACACAUCUCGACUAUGGUAUUAACAACUUACAAAUGACAUGGCAAAAGCUACAAAAGAGUAUGUAUUUUAACGAUGAAAAAUUACUUAUGUUGCCACUUCAAAGGCUUAAACAUUAAGUUGGAAAGGAAGUCAGCAUCUGAGAGCUAAAAACAUUAUUUUUCUAAGGAGUAGAAGAAGAAUAUCUCGCUGUUACCUCACUUCCUGCUAGGUAUUGACAGACCGAAUUAGGAAUAAACACAUAUACAAACUAGAGGCCUAAAAAGACAACUGCAAAGAAACUAUUCCAACACACAUAUCAUGCCACAUAUCUCAUCAUAUCCUAAUGUUUUCUAUUGUACAGAACCAUAUCAUAUAUUGAAUUCUAUUGUACCACACAGUACCAUUUAAUAUAGGUUCACAUUGUAUCAUAUCAUAUAUUGUAUGGUGUUAAGGCUGCCAGUUUUCAUCCAAAAUUUGAGCCAAUUUCGGAAGUUGAAGGGAAAAGUUUGUGUUCAAACUGAGAUAACCUUAAAUUCAAAUUGUGGCGUAUCAAGACAUCUAAGUAGUUUGAUCCAGCAGAAGGCAGACUUGUCGUAACCUGACCCUUGCAUACACUCUUUACCUCCGUAAAACCAUAAAGAUGUUUUUUCCCACAAAGAAAUAGAAGACAUGUGUGGACAAAGCCAAAUUUUAUGUUCUAUACCACUACAGGCCUACUUGUGAGGCGGUAGGUUAUAUUGCACACUCCUGAUAAAAUAUUUGGUCAAAUUUAAGGAGAGACAAAAGUUGAAUAUAAAGGGUGUGUACGUUUUCUUUGGGUAACCACAUUUCAAAGUUUCCUCCUGGCAUUUCCGAACUGUCUCCACGUUUCUGUCAGAGAGCUCUGUGUCUUAUCAUGUCUCAGCCUUCACUGACCCUAGUCGUCAAAUACAGAGGCUUGGUCAGCGGGCAAAUCCUUCCUAAGCCUCUAGCCUUAUUUCUGGAUGAUGUCCUCUUAAUUAUGUUGGCUGUGCCCUUGGAGUCUGGUGGUGUAAGAGAGUAAAAGUUCAGUUUGGGUUGAUGGAUGAUUUAGAAACGGUUGAUUUUCUAUCCGCAACUGAGGUUAUAAUCCCUCCAAAAGACAUGUAAAUGUUAACUUCUUUUUAAGUGUUAUAUCCUUGUAGAAACCCAUCCUAAACAAGUAAUUUGGUACCCAAACUUAACCAUGCAACUGCAGUUUACCAGUUUAAACAAGAAAUCUUUCUCAGGGAGCUUUUUUUUUAAAGUGGGAUGAAGUGGGUGCUAAAUUAUUUCGCAUUUCUGACUUGUUUAUAGUUGACUUGUUUAUCCUGCAUUUGCUAAAAUGGGGCGAUGCAUGUGAGCUUUUUCAGACACCUUGAUAUGCACUAAUUUCAUGCAUUACUUCCACAAUCACCUGAAAAGUAUCCUCCCAAUAAGGUGGUAUUAUUACCCUGCAAGAUUUCUGAUCUCUUCCUCUGCUUUGCCAAUGCUAGUGCUGCCCUGCACUGAUCCUACACCCAAACAUUAAAGCCCUGCUACCUUCCAGCACCCACUUACUGCUUCCAACAUUAGGGCGUUGUAUAGAUAUGUACAAGAUGUAUAGUCUUAACUUUAAAUAAAAAGUGAAUUUGUAAGGAGAUGAGGUUUGAGGUUGAGAGGAAUUCUAGUCUUUGUUUUCAUUAUGUAACAAGACCUGCAGACUUUUGAAAGGCAUUCAGGAGUUUCGUAAUAGUAUUUCUUUGUGAAAAAUGAUGGACGCUGUCAUAUGAAGAAUAAAUAAAGAGAACUUCAAAGAGCUCAAACCUUGGCUGUACAAGGCUUGUGUCUAAAAAUACGUCAUUUUAUGCAAACCGAGGCUUUAUGGGCCUGGUUGCACUUGGAUUUAUAAAAGCAACAUUUUCACCGCAGUUUGGCAAUUUGGUUAUUCUUGGAAAGCCAAAAGAUCUGCAGGGCUGUGUGUUAUUUGCCCUGGCAAGUGCUUCCAAACCCUGCCUGGUGGAGAGAGAUUUCCAUCCAAACAGAACCAGGUGUGCACAAUCAUAAACAUUUAUCCAGAGGGAGCGAAAUCAAAGUCGUAAAAGUUGGCUACCAUGUUGUUCCAGUUAAAUGCAAACUAGAGUUAAUGAGACUAGAAUUUAUACCAAUACAUUCCUUAAAGCAAACACAACUAACAACUUACGUAAAUGAGACUGGUCAUAACUUUGUAUUUUUUAUUAAAGCCUGUGGACUCUGCAGCUGUGCAGAAGUUGGGUAAAAUAAGUUAGAGCAGCUUUCUUUCACUUUAUCCGCAGCAGGACGAGAUUUCAGUUAGGGAGGCACCAAUCCGCUUUUUUCACCUCCGAUACCGAUACAGAUAUCUACUGUUUAGUAUCUGCCAAUAUGAUACCAAUUCCGAUACAGAAAAGCCGCGCUGAAUUACCUUUUGUUGUAACCUUAAGUUUGCCCCUCAGAACAAUUACUGCGCAGGUAUUGCAAGUGGCUGUCGAGCUUUUAGGCUGAGGUAUUGUGAUAAAGUUCAAGAUAGCAGACCCCUUUGCUCGCUCAGUUUUGAAAACAAUGGGGGCAUCUGCUCAGUGUGUUUACUUGUGGAUGCCACUCAAGGCAUAGAGUUAGACUGAAUAGAUCGGCCCCUAUGCAUUGGGCCCAUUGUCACGACUCACGAUACCCGAUCUAGAACUUUCUUCAGUAUCGGGAUUGAUUUACUAAUCUAAUUACGAAUUACCGACAUAAUGCAGUGAUAAGUGGGACUGCCUAGAAAUAUGAUACUGUACAUUAAUAAAAUAAGUGAGGAAAUCAGGAAGUACAUUUAAUAUGCCAUGAAUUAGCAUCAUUCAUGUAUAUAAUUGGCAUAUUAACUUUGCACUGACUCAUCCCCCUCUCCUGACAAGACCUCGAGCCCACAUGCAUCUUUACAUUGACCCUAGUUGUAAUUCACCAUGAGGAAUUCUCAGCUGUGCAAACACUACACUUUGUGACAAGUUGUUGGUGUUAAAUUGGGCCUUAUGCACAGGAAAAAUGCCGAUCCCUGGCUUGCUAAUGUGGCGAAAAGUGAUUAAUUUGGCUAAUAAGGGGGGCUGAUAUUUAUCUAAACCACUGGUAUAAAAAGGAAAUGUUUUUGGACACCAUCCCUUCUUUUGUCUGAUAUACAAAAAACCCUUUUUAAACACGAUUUGCCACAGCUACUCCUAAUACACAAGUUUAGGAAAUAUCAUUUAUUUACUUCAUAUUUAAAACAAUCAUAUUCCUGCAUCAUCUGGAGGAGAAACGGUCAGUCCUUGCAAGGAUUGGACCCGGGCCUAUGCGUCAUCCAGGGGGCUGCCUGCAGAACUAUAAUGACCACUGGUUAGGUGACCUCAGCCACCCUCAGCUACUCUGUAAUUACUGAGACACUUUAGAGAGAGAAAAUAAAAACCAGCUUUUUGCACCAUUGGCUUUGUGUAUUGGGACUACACACUCACUGAUGUGAUGAAGGGGAAAAACACAAAGAUGCUGCUGAUAGGAUUAAAAAAGAAAUUCUCAAUGUUUUCUAAAAAAUUAAACUUCAUUUUGUUUUUUUCGUGAAGAAAAAAGAAAAAGAACAAAACUUUUAUUAGUAAUAUUCACGUGUGCGAUUCAGCUGAGGGGCAAUUUCGAACUAGUAAUGCCUCAUUUGCUCUCUAAACUAGGGGACAGCCUUGGGGAAGGGACAUGGCAAUGGUUUUUAUGGUAAUCCAGCAAAUCCAAAAUAAGACGACUUUAAAGUCAGCAGUUUCAUUGCAAACAUGGCAUUAAGCUGCAAAAAUACCAAAAUGCUCUCAUCAAAUCCACCACGUCUCCGACCACUCAUUUCACCUCAGCGUCCACGGCUAAAUUGAUGCUAAAUUUGUGAAGCUCAACACAGAGUAAACUGUCUGAACUUCCUAUGUCAGAUAGUGUGCUUCUUUCUGGAGGCGGCGAGGGUUGAUUCAGCCGUAAAGCUGAGGGUGGUUGUUUGAUUUCUGCGCUAAAAAAAAAAAUCCCUUAACACGUCGCCAAAGUUUUCCUCAAGCUCUGCAACCUGCGACCUGUUUUAUGACUCAAACAAGCUCAAGUUUAUUACUUUAAAAACCCGCAUCUCGCUGGUAGUUAGGGUUUGUUUCAAGAGAUGUCUUCCUAUAUGUUAAACAUAGGGUUUGUCAAACUAAGGAGGGGGGAGCAUGUACUGUACAUGUGCCACUCUCAUGUUUACAUGGCAACUGUUUCCAUGUUUUUAUAGCUUUAUAAAACAUAAAGUUAGACAGUGAAGUCAUCCACACCGCAAGCCUUUUACCUCAAUUAAUGUGGAAAGAGCCAAAUGAGUUAAUUUGAUGUCUUUAUUUUCGUUUUGAAGGGUGCCCAUAAAUUAGGACGUUGUUUUCACACACGUUGUAUAUUAGUGAAAAUGUCAAAAAGAUUUGAGGCCUUUCUGCUCCGCUGUGUUCUGUUUCUGCAGAGAUACAUUUAUUUUUAGACCGUAGAUACUUUUAGCUUUUGGGCUGCAUCUGAAUCGACUGUAUUUGUAUUUAAAGUAAAAAGUCGUCGUCGUUUUCUUCCGCUUAUCCGGGUCCGGCUCGCGGGGGCAGCAGCCUCAGGAGGGAAGCCCAGACGGCCCUCACCCCAGCCACUUCUACCAGCUCCUCUGGGGGGAUUCUCAGGCACUCCCAGGCCAGGCGAGAGAAACAAUCCCUCCACUUGGUCCCGGGCUGGCAACGAGGUCACCUCCAGAACACCUCUAAUGGGAGGCGUCCAGAAGGCAUCCCAACCAAAUGCCCAAGCCACCUCAGCUGACUCCUCUCGAUGUGGAAGAGAAGUGGUUCUAUUCUGAGCGCCUCCUGAGUGUCCAAGCUCCUUACCCUAUCUCUGAGGCUGAGCCCGGCCACCCUGCGAAGGAAACCCAUUUCGACCGCUUGUAUCCACGACCUCGUUCUUUCGGUCAUUACCUAAAGUUCAUGACCAUAGGUGAGGGUCAGCACAUAGAUCGACAGGUAAAUCAAGAGUCUCGCCUUAUGGCUCAGCUCUUUCUUCACCACAACAGAUUGGAUAAGCGUCUGCAACACUACUGACUCCACUCCGAUCCACCUGUCGAUCUUCCGCUCCAUCCUACCCUCACUCGUGAACAAGAUCGCAAGAUACUUGAACUCCACUUGAGGCAGGAUCUCCCCUCCGUCCCGGAGAAGGCAAUCCACCUUUUUCCGACUGAGGACCAUAGCGUCGGACUUGGAGGUGCUGAUUGGCAUCCCAGCCACUUCACACUCGGCCGCGAACCGCCCCAGCAAGAGCUGAAGGUCACUGCUUGACGAAGUUAGAAGAACCACAUCAUCCGCAAAAAUAUAAAAUAGCUGUGUAUUGCUUGUAUAAAGUAAAAAUUACAAUCACUGGGGCGGUAAUUUUGUUUCAAGAAGGUGUUUUUCUGUCUCUUUUCCAAUGAAAAAUCCAAUAAUUGAAACAACAAUGAAAACUAACGUCUUUUUCCACCACUCAUGAGAUUGUCAUAUGGUGCAUGGGCUGGAACAUAGGAAUUACAACGCCAGUACAUCCAGUGACGCCAUAGCGAGUCUUGCUGGAAAGUGAAAGGUGGGUGUCGUGAAGCACCUCAGCGUUUUCUGAAAUGUUGGAAAAUUCCAGUAAAAUACUGACCUUGUUUGCACCACACCAAAGGCUUAUGCCAGGAGGCAAUUCAUGGUUUACCAGAAGUCCACAAAAUAGUAAUCUCAGGGUUUUUUUUUUUUGUUACUGUACUUCUUUUAAUCAAGUUUGUGUAAAAAAACACUGGAGAGUUAUUACUAAAAAGAAAAUUUGCUUCUCUCAUCUCUUCAUUGCAAGCUCCAUUCAUCUCCAUUGUGUUUGGGUCGAGGACAAAAUCACAAGGACAGAAAUCUAACCAACAGCGCAAAUGAAACAGGAGCUACCUGCUGUUAAGUUGUGUGACUCAACUUUUGAGGCCCCAGACAAAUGAGAAGUGUAAAACCAAAGUGGUGCCGUUUGAUAUCAGGCUUGUUUCCGACUGUUUGAUAUUUGGUGAGACACUGAGGAGCUUGAUGUUGUUGUGUUUACGCUUUGGGCUCAAUAUGUGUGUUCAGGAAGGCAACAUUUACCUUCAGUGCUCCUAUCUCUGCCCCGUCGUCUCUGAGGACAGGACCAUAUGUAAACAGCACAAAUCCACAGUGAGAUUGAAGUGCCUGCUCUCCUCUGUUAGGAUCAGUGGGAACCUAGUUUCUACAUAUCAGAUGAUCUGUUUGCUUUCUGGUUGCCUUUGUCAUUCCCUCACAGCUCUAUAACAAAUGUCUAUAUAUGCUGUGUGGUAACGUCACACAUCAGGGUGGGGAUGUACACUGUUAUGUCUGACUGGAUGUCGUAGAAACGCCUCUGCUUUGAUCUGGCCUGUGUUUGCUCUCAGAUAAGCAUAACUUCUCUUUUGCAUGCAUGAAACAAAAACAGUUUUUAAAUGUUCCUUAUAAUGUAUAAUUAGCAAACUCCUUCCAGAUGAACUUAUUUUUCACUUUCACCCCACAGCAGUUUUACUUUAUAUGAACCCACCACUUAAAAUGCACUAGGAGCACUCGUGUAAAGCCUUAUAGAUGCAGCUUACAGUAACGUUAUAAAGUAUUAUAAGCAGUGACCAUAAUUAGGGAUGGGCAGUAUGGCCUCAAAUCAAUAUCACGAUAUAUUGAGCAUUUCAACUCGAUCACGAUAAAUGGACGAUAACAUUAACUUCGUCUACUUCAACCACCGCUCGGCUCGUUAAAACUUUGAACUGUCCUCCAUCUCCUCACCUGUCUUUCCCUCUUUGUUACGGACUGGAUGGGGUGGAGUCACGUUUCUGAUGUAGGACAUCGUCUUAAAGGGACAUGAGACCAUAGCUUACCUACACACAUCCAAAACCAACCUUUAUUUAUUUAUUUAUUUUGAUAUUGAAUAUAUUGACGUUGGUUAUUGUCGUUAAUUUCGGUACCAGUAAAUUUUCGGUUUAUCGCCCAGCCCUACAUAAUGCAAGAUAAAGUAAUGGUUCAAAAUGCAUUAUACCUUAAUGCAAACAUAAUGUUUUGAAUUCUGUUCUAUAACACACUUUAACUCCAAUAAUUUUUAGUUUUUUUUAUGAUCCUUGAAUAAAAGACUUUCUUAUUACUCUCGAAAUGCUAUAGCAUGACUUUUGGUACACAAGUAUUGUGACAGUACUGGAUGUGAGGUUACUAACAAUUAUAAGCAGUAUUUUUUGGCUGGAAGUCAAAAGUACUUAACAACAAUUAUCAAAAUGAUUGUCUAUAUUUUUCAGAACAUUAAUGUGGUGAAAAAAAAGAAAGAAGUCAACCCAAAAGGUGCGAUUAGACUCGAAUUCUUGUCAGGUGGCACGGAUUGAACAGACUUUACACACAAAAGAUGCAAAUUCGCAACUCUUUUAACACCCUAGUUGAUUCACUCACUUCAUUGGCUUACAGUGCUGGCAGACCAAACCAAAUGCUAGUACUCCUCUCAAUAAAAUCAACACAAGGUGAUGUGCAUUUCCUUAAUAGCUCAGUUUAAUUUCAUGAUUUUGGUUGUACUGGUCAGUAACUUGUAAAAUAGUCAGCUCUCGUGUUUACGCUAUAUUAUCCACCCCUACUUUUCUUUGCUUAACUCCAGUUGCUUCAGGAUAAGCAGAAUUGGUAACAUGUAGAAAAAAAGCAACUUUUAUUGGUAGUUUAAUAGAUAAAAAUGUACGGUCUGAAUGUUACAAUUUCCCUUUUUUGGCCCGAUAAAUAUGAUGCUUUCCUGAAUAUAACAGUUAGAAAAAGGCUGUAUCAUCCAAUCUGUGCUGCACUGGUAAUUUUAACUUUAUUUUUAUGGAGGCAGCUGUGUCUGACUUCUGCUCAGUGUUCAUAUCUCAAAGAUUGUUUGGCAAAAAAGCUGUAACAACCUAUAGAGAAGUUGUUUCUGUAUAAGUAAAGCUUUACAGAUCCCCUGUGAGUGAGUCUAUAUUUAAUCUUUUUGAGAGCCCCCUCCACCUCAUCCCAUGUCCGACAGUAACCCCGUCUGCAGUGAUCUGCUACGUCAAACCGAAAUACGUGGUCACUGUGACCAUGAGGGGACCAUAAAGCUGAAAUGGAUGUUUUUGUCUGGGUUUUUGAGAAAUCUAUCUUUGGAAAACCUUUUUUCCCUAAUGUGUGUUUGUUUCAGGAAAGAAAGGAUGGAAAAAAGGGAUAAUAUAACUCUGGAAAAUUAAAAGAUCAAGAUAAUAAAUGCAGUUUUUAUAUAUGGCUCGACUUAAACAACAAAACCGGACAGCUUGGAACUGGAAAUAUAAAAUUGUAUGCUGCCCACGUGUAUUGUUUGUUAAAAGUCGUGUGUUAUGGGGCUCCAAGCAUCCUCCUGGUGAGCUAUUGUUUUUGGAGAUUGCACCUUUAGAUGGGAGGAUCAAUCAUCCCUGAAGUGCCACAAACCCCCCUGUGAUUAAAACAAACCUGACUUAACUUGCUCAGGGAUUCGCACAUUUUACUUUCCACGCAUUUUCCUAAUUUGUUCUGCAAGUCAGCUAAAACCAAAUGAGAAGGAUUGACUUAAGUAUAUUUAAUUUGAGGGGCAAUUUGAGCUCGGGCCCUUAGGGUACAGAAGGGGCCGUAUGUUAAGUAAGGACUCAUACUUAAAGUUUCAUUCUUCUGGGAUCAGACUUUGAUGUGUGAAUCCUCUCAGUUUUCUUAAGAUAGCCUCGUCUAAAUAUAGCUUCUGGUGGUUACAUGUAAUGACAGAUUGCAGUGUCCCCAGGUUUGCUCUGAGGGGAGCGUGACUACCCGACUGGCGUCACUGUCCCCCACAGUGAUCUGCACAUGGGUGUUCAAAAACCACCGUCCCAUUGUUCUUUGUGUCUUCUUUUCUUCCCUAUAGCUGCAUUUCUUCACACGGGGAGGAAACGUUUGGAAAUUGUUGAGACAAAAAUGAACAUUUUUGAACUUGUCAAAGUUUGAAGAGACCCAGUCAGAUAGGAGCUUAACUAAAAAAAAAUUUUGACUUGAUUUAAAAAAAGAUUCACUCUCAAAAUCGGCCCUUCAAAUCAACAGUUUCGAAGAUCCUAGAUGGGUCUCAUUUUGCAAAACCACUUUUUGAUUUCUUGUUUUUUUUAACUUUCUGACAGGUUUAGUCAUGGGGCAACAGCAAGAACAUUAAAAGUCAGGACAUAUAGGCUUCAAAUUCAGAUAAAAUCCAUUUCUAAAAACAAUGCCUGGGUCCAAAACAAAAGCAACUGCAGAAGCACUCCACAAACAAAUGUGGCCCUCAAAGCUCAAAAUAUUUCCAGUUUAAGUCCCACUCCAAUCAUUUUUUUACUUCUUAAAGUGUUCUCAGUGGUCUUUAAAUUGUGAUUAUAAAGUUUUUAGCCAAUUUCAUGUUACCUGUGUCAUUUUCAAGGGCUUUUCUUCUGCAGAGCUCCAAUAGCUCAUUAGGAAUUCGCCUCUGAGUCGUGGGUGGAGACAGCGCUGCUCUGCACCCUUCUCUUCAUGUUAGCUUGCAGCCUAACAUUGCCGGUGUUGUAAAAGUAGCAGGUAACAUAGGAGCUAUUCAGCUCUUGGACACUAAAGUCUUUGGGGGCAUGAUGAAAGCUAUUAUCAUAAUUAGCUUUCUUACAAGCAUUUCAGUCCGCUAACGCACACGCUUGUUCUGCAAUUGUCCUCUCUACUUCUCUGAGUCUGGCCUGUAUAGCGAGGCUCCAGGGGCGGAGCUUGCAGUUGUGAUGUAAGAAAUCUCACUGUGUCUGUGCCUGCCGUUUGGGUCUGCCAGAGAUUAACAGCGAUUUUACACUUAGUUUUCUCAUGAUUUGUCCUGUAGCAUCAGAAAAAUGUCAUAUGAACAUGUAGACAACGAGAAAAACAUGAUUUUCAUCGGAGUGACUCUUUAAAAAGCUAAAACACAAACUGCAAUUUUUGGAGGGUGUACCAGAGGGAAAGGGCAUAAGCAGCCUCUCUACUCAGACUUGAACUGUUUUCAAGAAGUGUACAAUGUGCAGUUUCAACUGUGUAGCCCCCUUUCUGAUAUCUGAUAUUUACAAGGCAGAUCAGCAAAUAGCUUCAUAUAAUGCUGCUAUCACAGAAAGAGAAAAGAAGAACCCAAGCCCAGCUGAGUCAUGAGGGACGACUUUUAAGUCCAUGUGGUCCAACAAACCCUCACCUAGAACCGGGUAGCAUCAGCUAAUGAACAGAUAACACAAACUGAACUGCACAGUGGUUACUUACUACUCAGCUAAAAAUGUUGUCGCACAGUCCUGUGGGUCAUGACCCUCAAAAACCCUCAGUGCCAAGAGUUUAAUUUGGUGUAUCAAUGAGCAAAAAGUCAAAUUUAAUUUGAGUGACAGAAAUUCUUACCCGGACAGCCCUAAAUUUUUGCCAUCGUUUUGAGAUUCUUCUCCUCUGUCACGACCCGGAGGAAUAAAAAAAACCUGUGUGAACGAUGAGGGACAUGAUGCAGCAAUUUGCGGUCGGUCUGCUAAAAAUGGAAAGUACACAGACAAAAUGGCCCGGCCCGUGUUUUCCACGUGGUUCCUACAGGUGCUGGAAAACACAGCUUGUCUGGAUGCCUUUUUAGGCGAAAACACUUGUGAUUAUAGCUUCCUUUUAGAGAUCCUCACUGUGUGCUUUAUAUAGACGCAUUGUGAUGCUCACUGAAUAAAUGAGAGUAUGGACAUCUGUUAUUUUUUUCAGAUACCUUUUGUAAGUGCCUUUACUUAACUGCUCACUAACUACCCCAUAAAUUAAAGAGCGAGCUCUGGAUCUUGUCACAUCAUCACGCUUUGGUGUGUCUGUUUGUGAAACGCUCCCGUGCGCGGCUCUAAUUUGCACUGCAACUGUUGAUUUGUGUAUCCUGUCAGGUCUCUUUGAUGUGUGGGAGAGAUUGAGCUGCUGCCGGUGGUGGUUCGCUCUGACUCUGGGCAGCUCUCCAGCUGCUCAGGCCCGGCGCCGUGCCGUGCAGGCCGGGCGCCCAGCCACAGGCCUGCGGGCCCUCAGGGCACUCAAGCCCUACAUUCACAGCCAGAGCCUGCAGAGGCACGUUUUACUCUACCGCACACACACGCUGUAGUAAACAGACACUGGUGAUGACCUGAACAGAGUUUAGAUAUGCUCCGCUUUGCAGGACUGUCCAUGAUCACAUGUUGAUCCAUCCCAAAAUGCAUCGCACUGUGGGCCCAGCCUCUCUCCUCUCGGUGGGAUGCCACACAGAGACUUAAAGAGAGCAGCAUCUUUGCAAAAGCUAUCCUUAGAGGGUUAGGCUGAGCUUUUAUGUCGCUCCAAAACCUUUAUAUAUUGUUCAGCAUUUAAUGGAGCCCUCACAGAUGUGUAAGCUACCCAUGCCAUGGACACUGAUGGUCUUCAUACCAUCACACAGACUUUUAACUGUGUGCUGAUUAUAUUUGGGUGACCAUAUGUCCUCUUUUUGGGGGCUUUGUCCUACCAGUCUGGGGAGUUUAUAAAAUCCUUCAAAUGUCCGGGGUGAGUUUGUGUAGCGUAGACCGACUGAGUUAGAAGCACUUCAAAAACACUCAACCUGACCCGAAAAAGCCUGAAAAUUUUGCGUGCGACUCUGCCCUGCGUAGUAGUGUCCCUUUUUUGGGGAUUCAGAAUAUGGUCACCUUCGCUUAUAUACUGGGUGGUUGCUUUCCUCUUUAGAGUGGAGGAUGCAGCAUCCAUGAUUUCCAAAAAGAACGUCAAAUCUUCGUAAUGCUCGGGUCCAGAGAAGUCUCUGGUGUUUAAACGUACUUUCUUCUAUGCGUGGUUCAGUUUAAAUCUGCAUUUGUAGAUACAGUGAUGUACUGUGUUCAUAGACAACAGGAUUUUGUUGUUGAUUUUGGGUCCGUGCAGUGAUUUUUCCACUACAGAGUCAUACCUGUUUUUUUUAAUGCAGUUCUACUUGAGGGCCUUUUGUACAGAGAUUUCUACAGUUUCUCUGAAUCUUUUCUUGGUGUUAUGAACUGUAAAUGAUGAUGAAAUCCACAAAUUCUUUGACACUCAGGAACAUUAUUCUGAAAUUGUCGAACUAUUAGCUCACACGGUCUCUCACAGAGCAGUGAAACUUCAAUCAUUCAAUCAAUCCAUCAAUCAAUAACAAUUGGUUGUGCAACAAAGGAAGCAUAAAGAAAACACUUAAGCACAAUAAUCAAAAUCAAGAAAAACAUGAAUAGAAAAAGAAAAUUGAAAAUACAAUUAAUCAAAACACCACAAGCAGCUACUUUUCCUCCAUGAAUUGAGAAGGGAGAUGGCAGAAGGUAUGAAGGAAUGUUUAUAUCUGUUAGUUUUAGCGAGAGGAACUCUGAUCAAUGAACCAGAUGGAAGAAACCGAAACUGAUGGUGUAGAGGAUGGGAACAGUCAGACAGGCUGGAUUUUGCUUCCUUGUACAGCUGUUUGUUAUAAAAGUAAAGUUUCCUGAACAGACCCAGUUAUUUUACUGCGGACAUUAACCACCUUGUUUAGAACAUUUUUCUCUUUUACCCUAAGUCCUCAAUCCAGUCCUCGAGCCCCCCGGUCCUGCAUGUUUUGGAUGUUUCCCUGCUCCAGCACACCUGAUUCAAAUGAUCAGCUCAUUAUGAAGCCAUUACAGAGCUUGAUAACGAGCUGAUCAUUUGAAUCAGGUGUGUUGGAGCAGGGAUUGGAUUGAGAACCACUGCCUUAAGUGAUGAAAACCAACAGACCAGAGAAAAAGUUAUCACACAUUCAAUAUAAGAAUGAUAAAACAUGAACAUCAGGGAUGAAUCAACGUGGAAUUUUGAGAGUUUUCUAAGACAGAACAGACGCUGCUGGCUUGUCCAGUCUUUCCCUCUGAGAGACUCAGCCCCUCUGAAUGUCCUUUGUAUACCCAGUCAUGUUACUAACCUGUUGUUAAUCAACCUCAUUAGUGGACUUUUUACCUGUUUGGUUUCCCCUGUCCAAACUUUUUUUUUUCCCAACUUCAAUUAUAGAACAUUUUGAACACUUAUGGCCAGCAGUGUUUACAGCACCAGUUGUAAGAAUGCAGAAUAAAUUUCAAUCAUCACAUCUGAAUGUCAACUCCCUCCCCCCACCCAGUAUCAGGACAAUCACGAAAAAGAAAAAAAGUUUUGAAUAAAGAGUGAGCAAAUUAAAUAGAUAAAUAAUACUAAUCAAGUAAAAAUACUAAAAAGUGAAUGCAAAUGUUUUUGAAGUAUUUUGUUUGUGUCUAAUUUGAAAUAAGCAUAUAUGUUCUAUGAAAUUUUAAAAUGUAAUAUUCUGUCUUUUUGUUUAAUGAAUUAUCUAUCUUUAAUUGUUAAUCAAAUAUAGUCUGGGUGCAUACUCUCUCGAGUUUCUUAAAUAAACUCUGAAUUUUCUUACAUAGUUUCUUUAAAUUAAUAUUUAAAUGUUUGAAUUACUACAGAGGAAAGACGAUGUUCACCCCCUUCCCUGAGAGACAAAUCUCAACACAUCCAACUUUGAAGUGGUUCUCCCCACAUUAAAGAUCACAGCCCUGAGAUUCAGCCGAUAUGAUUGAGUUUAAUGUGAAACCUUCCUUGACUCUCUCUGAUGUUUCAACAUGAGAGGAUCCCUUCCCCCGGCUUUACAGCCUGGGUGGUAGAUGCCAGAUCCCACUGGAACGAGACUGCAUGAAUUCGACAGAAUGGAACACACGGUUUGGUGGCGGGUCAGUCGUUGUUUGUGCUCUCAAACACAGAAGUGGGACAUGGGAUUUUGCUGGCAGGGGAGCUCUCUCAGCUGACCUCCCUGGAUGUGGGUAAUGAGGCAGGACAGGCUGCAGGGUCCCAGAGGAGGAGCAGCCCCACUAAACUGAGCUUGAUUUGCUGACCUGUUCUUUUCUGUUUGACUGAAGGUGUAAUGAUCUGUGCAUCCAAUUUCAACUUCUGAAGACGCUUACGAGUAAACAGAUCCAGAUGUUUGCCUCUGGGACUUUUGAAAGGUGUGAAUUCUUGACGUCGAAUAGGGAUCUGAACUUCUGCUUGUUUGCGUUUGUCGUCAUCUUCUGGUUGAAACUCUGAACUGCUCCUUUACAUCCGUUCAGCAAGUCCUUCUUUUCACCACAUGAGGGCAGCGCUACCUUACUCUUUUUUUCUCCUGAGCUGCUUUAGUUUAACAUCAACAGAGUAUGCUGAAUAAAUUAGAAACUCACCUGUAGGUCAGGUUUGAAACAGUCGAGAAAGUGAACAAAAACAGUGUACACUAUUUUAUUUUGUAACUUUAUUUGCAAGUUCUGGCUUUUUUUGAUGAGUAUGUGCAACCCCAAUUCCAGAAAAGUUGAGGUACAUUAUAAAAUAUUGGUAUUAAACGACUUUGCAGAUGAUUUUAAGCUAUAUAAUAUUUGCUCAUUUGUUUUUAAAAAGUUGUUUCAGAGUCACGUUUCCCAUUAAGCGUCAUCAGCUCUUCUUUGACCAACACUGUGACAUUUGUGAACCUAGGAGAUCAGUUUCUGGAGUUUGGAGAGUAAAAUGAUGUCCCGUUCUUGCCUGAUAUAGGACGGUUCAGAGUCUCCUCUGUCAUAUUUUUUAGCAUUGUCUUUCAUUAAAAAUUCUACACAUGGCUAUUAGCGCUAGUAUAAAUGAAUAAAGUGUUUUUUACAAUAAUUUUCGUCUACACAAAAUGGGGCAUACUUUGCUCCAAAUUGCAUAAUGGCUCACUCAAACGCAAACAACACAUUUUGUUUUGCAGUCAGUCAAAUCUGUACUUCUUAAUUGAUAACUUCCAUUGACUCAACAAUGUUAUCAUCCAAAGUUUAUGCCUAUUUGUUUAUGUCCGUAGGUAGCUGGAUAGUUAGACGGGUAAUGAAUUGUAGGGCUGGGCGAUAUGACCUCAAAUCAAUAUCACGAUAUAUUGAGCAGUUCACCUCGAUAACAAUAAAUGGACGAUAACUACUCCACAAGCUGCUCACCCCCUUCCACAUUAACUUCAUCUACUUCAGCCGCCGCUCCAGCUGCUACAACUUUUGAACCGUCCUCCAUCUCCUCACCUGUCUUUCCCUCUUUGUUACGGACUGGAUGGAGUGGAGUCACGUCUCUGAUGUAGGACGGUGUCUUAAAGGGACAUGAGACCAUAGCCUGCCUACACACAUCCAAAACCAACUUUUAUACAUUUAUUUUUUCGACACUGAAUAUACUGACAUGGGCAAAAUGACUUUCGGUAUUGGUAAAUUUUCUGUUUAUCGCCCAGCCCUAAUGAAUAGUGACUAUUACUGUUAUGCAAAUUAGAAACCCAAUUUAAAGUGUGUCACGUCCUUGCUUAGUUUGUAUUAUGUAAUAGUCAGGGUUUCACAGAACAGAGCACAGCCAUAUUUAGCUCUGUUCAGCAGUCCAACAGGAUGUACUGAGGAGCAGCUGGGGAGCUUCAAAGGGAGGGAUGCACAAUGACAGCAGACACGACCCUGAGCUUCUCUUUACCUGCAGGAACUUUUAAAAAACCAAAAGCCAGUCCAGCUGCUUCAGAUGUAGAGUAGUUGUUCAUCUGCGGGCGGCUUUUUUUCCAAAUUCAGAGGAAAACAGAUAUGAGCCAUUUGAAGUCUGAGUUCAAAAGAGAAACAACACAUUUAUGAGAAUCUGCAGGAAAACUGAUUCCAUGUUACUGUGUCAAACAUUUUUGCAGUAGAUGUCCUUCACUUGCACAACUUAAGUACAUCGUGUUUGUCACUUUAUGCAGAGAAAACACAACAUGAUAAUAGUUGUGUCUUGAGCUGUCCAGGGAUUCUAGCUUACAUCAACACUACACGACUUUAAUCUCAACAGAAUAAGACUGAGUUUGAAGCCGUCUGUCUGACUGUGUUUGUGUCUCUGCGCAGAGGAUGCAGGGACCUACUUCCCCAGAGUGAAGAGGGACCCGGGCCGGUACCUGCAGCCCUGCUCUGACUCUGUGAAGACCUGGCUGCGCAGCAUGAAAAACGCCGGGAAGGUCCUCCUCCUCAUCACCAGCUCCCACAGCGACUACAGUCGACUCAUCUGCGAACACAUCCUGGGGUGAGAGUUUUUACACAGGGUCUAUGGGCUGAAAACGAGCACUUUUCACUUCUUGUCAUACUUUUAUAACUCUCACGCACAAUGAGUCAUUCCUUUGAAUAACACUGGCUCACAGUAAGUCAAACUCAUUUAUGGGAAAUCAACUCAGAGGAUGUUGGAGUAAAAAUAAUCUUGUUGAUGCAACAGCAUUUGCACUUAUACUGGUCCUGUUUGAGUGAAACUAUUCGUCCUUAUAAGAUAUGACUGGUCACAAAAUGCCAACCUAAGGAUGUCCUUUAGCUGAAGUCUGCCUCUACUUCACCCAGUCCACCCUUAUAGAAGUCUAAUAAACACCAAAUGCUCAGUGUUUUGCCUUUUUCUCUGCCAACAAAAUUACCUCCCACACAACUUUUUCUCGCAGCAAAGGGGCUUUUUGUUUCCCGCCGCUUUUUGCGGUUGAACCCUGGCUUUUUGUAUCACUGUUUGCAGCACACACUGUGCGGCUCUGGCUUAUUUUUGUAUCCUAAGCCUUGUUAAACACUCGAUCAAGCAGCGAGAGAGCCUUGAAUAAACACGCCGUCUCUGUGCUGCCGCUGCGCUGUAGCACCAUAAGCCCUUUUUGUUCCCCGUGAGGUGUCGUUAUCUCACUCUCUCCCCCUGCCUGGUGAGGUGGUCUGCUUUUUUACUCUCCACACUCAGAGCUGAUUGUUCUCUGACAUCCAGCAGAGGCAGAAAACAGGUUUGAGUUGGAGUCUGUUUUCCUCUGAAUGCCAGUUUGUCCCACGGGGCCGGUGUGACCUGAACCUCCCCCCUCUCUCAUUUCCUGUCGAGCAGCAGCAGCAGCCUGGUCAUUUCUGUUGUUCCUCACCCCUCUCCCUGCUCCCCCUGCUGUCUCCCUGCCUCUGCUGCUGUGUCGGUGACCUCCUGCACGGCAGCAGCGAGGGCGGUCAAAGCUCCAGCUGUGUGUGCUCAAAAUCAUGUUCAAGUCCCUGUUUUUUUUACAAGUUCAAGAGGGAGGGAUUUCUAUUGUGGUAGCAACUGAAGGAAGUUGAUUUUGGAGAAUGAUGCUUUGUCAAAAGGGUUUUUAGCGUGUUUUAUUUAUUUUUUUAGGAACUUUUUAUUUAGAGUUUUUCCUUAAACAUUGAACAGUAUCUGAGACAAGAUCAGUGGUGUAGAGAAAAAAAAAUCUCAUACCUAGGUAUUGUUUAUCAAAUAUCCAUUACACAUUGUAGUAAUAAGGAAAAACAAACAGGAUAAACAAAUAGACAUACAAAGAAAAAUAAGUGAAAAAAAAAAGAAGAAAUAAAUAACUAAAUAAUACAGAAUGAAUAAAUGAUAAUUUUAAGGAAAAAAGGGAGGGGAGGAGAAAAAGGGCAAAUUCACAUCAUGUCUUUGCAUGUUUUAAAACUCACACAAGAACAACAAAGACUCACACAUUAUUAAAAGACAGAAAAAAACACGCAAGAAACAAAAAACAAAAAACAGGGACGUCCAGCAUUACAUCAAAGUUUCUUACCAAACCAACAAGCUUCACUCAAGUUCAAUAAUAUGAAAAUAAUCUGAGUAUCUAGAGAAACCUCAAAAUUAAAACUUAAUGAACCUCAUAUUCGACUGACUCUGUAGUAGAAGUCAACGCAUUGGCUCGAAAUCACUUCCAAAAACCAUUGUUUGUGAACAUAGUUCAUCACAACACCCACAAAUGCAGGUUAAAACUGAACCAAAGAGGUCGGACAGCAGAGUAUUUACUCUGUGAAUUGUCAUGUGCGAUUAAAAGAUAGCCAAUCAGGACGCAAGCUCGCUGGAGAAGGAAGUACAACGAACACAGUCAUGUUGACCAUGUUUACAUGGAGCAGUAGAUGUCAGAAAUGGUGAAUCAACUCGUUCACAUCAUCAGUGUUUCUAAGACAUGUUGUGGUAAACAAACUACACUCAAACUGUUCAACAGAUGCUACCAAUCCAUAGUAAACUGACCUGGUAGCUGAGAUGCUAACAGCAUUUAGCUUGACGACCAUCCUGUUGUUAGAUCUCUAGUGUAAGGAGCAUGGACUCUGGUUCUUGGUGAAUGGAUCUGUUCGUGUUUGCUGCGCUCUUUAUCAAAUCUACAUUUAACAAGACAGCAGAUUAGUUCCUCUUCUCAGAGAAAACUGCUCUUGCAGCUGGCUUUGACUGCGCUGUGGCGGCUGGAGGCCAAUGACAGUCAGCUGUGAGAAGUAACACAACCAGGCCAGAGCUGUCUGACAAGAGCUGCUGGCCGAAACCCAACAAGCUGCUCAGAGAAGCUGCUGCUGAUGGAAACUGGAACAAAAACAGUUUUAGACUUUUUAUAUUAAGGACCAUUAGCAUUCAAUUUUUGACACUGAUGCAAUAAAGGUACAAAAUUAACAAACUAAUGUUUACAAAAUGCACACCAUUAGCCACUUCUGCUUCCCCUUUGAUGGUUAAUAACAACACCACUGUGCUUCUAAAAACCUUCCCGACUGCUCAGCUGAGGAGUCCAAAACAGACCAAACUGGAACUCCCGAAGAGUGCAAAAGCUGUUGCAUUAACAAGGAAUCUCUGGAUGUUGAUGUUGAUUGUUUGCAAAUCAUGAAUAAUUGCAAAAAGUGCAAAAAAAAACAAAACAGAUGUGGUGUUAAAAAGUGAAAAAUUUUGUUGUUUUAUAAGACUUUAGAUUAGAUGCCUGCAGUUCCUUUUAUUCCUCCUCCUUCGCUAAAAGUAAACGCUAAUUCCCACGCAGUCUGCACAUACACACUUAUAAAUAUCAGUGUGAUUGAUUCACAUGUUCAUAAGUUCCCAGAAGAUAUUCAUCCUCUUUUUUAUCUUCCUUAAAUGGUAUAUUUUGCGUACAGAAACUGCACAGAUCCAAGGAGAAGUGUCGGUCUCUGGAGACACUCACCAGCUCUCCUAACAUGUUUACUGUCAACAGAGGGAGUAAAUACUGCCCUCCAUAAGUGUUUGUCCAUCUAAGUAUUCCCUCUGCAGCUCUGUAUGUUCUCCCAUUUACAGCUCCACGUUUCCAUCAUCUGUACACUCUGUUUACUUCCUCUGGACUCUUUGUGCUCGUGUAAAUCAGACUUUUUGGAUGUUGUCCAGGCAUUGUCCUUUACACGGAAUCCCGGGCGCCGAUCUCUGAGGUUAAUGUUCUUUCUCCGGCUCUUACAGGAAGGAUUUUGAGGAGCUAUUUGAUGUCAUCAUCACAAAUGCCCUGAAGCCCGGCUUCUUCUCUCUGGUGCCCCAGCAGAGGCCCUUCAGGACUCUGGGUGAGUGCUGGGCUGCUGCUCCCACGCUUGGCCGGCUGUACUUUAUCUGUCAUUUUCACUAAUCAUUCGGCCUUUUCAGUGUCAGCGAAAAGGAAAAAAAACACAGUUCAAGUUCCCAGGGCCUGAGCUGAUAGCUUCACAUCAUCACUUUUUGCACGCACAUCAAGUCUGGCUAAAAGUUUGAUAUAUCACUGGCACAAAAAUUCCUCUUGAACCCAAACCUUAAGCCGAAAAGGAAGUCGGCCAUCUUUAAUUUGAAAUUUUGAUUGCCUGAUAAAACAGGAAGUUCAUUUAAUUCCUUUAUAGAGUUAGAUUAUUUUGGUACUUUAUAUACGUGAUCAAGGUCCACCACUAAAACAUGUAUACACCCAGUAUACAGUUAUAGCGCCACCCUUUAAAAAUUUGUGGUGCUAGUUUUUACGUACUGUAGCGACUGCUUUCCUUCAACAAAAAGGCUGCUGGGGUUUAGCUGCGCUUGCAUCUGUGACUCGUUCAAUUACCAGUCCGGUUUGAGUGUUAAAAGUGGUUUAUUGUUCCAAAAAAGAAAAGAAAACAUGCCGAUCCAGGUCCAAAACUUUCACCUCCAAAUGAAAAAGUGAUGUGAUGAAAUAAGGUUAAAACAGAAUGAGUGAAACAGUCAACAGAAAAUUAUCAGAGUUUAUCACAACCCGUUGUCUGACGACGCCAGGUGAGAUUUAAAUAACCCGCCAAACAUGCUAAAACCACACCCCUCACUGUCGACCCCUGGAAGUGACGUAAUAAUUAAAUAAAAAUCAUACUUUCAACAAACAUAUUUUGGCUCCUACACUAAAGUAUCUGAUCUCUUCCAAAUUUCACAGGUUUGAUGAUAGCCUUACUUCCAUAUACGCAAUUUUGACAAUACAGGAUAGACUUUCAUAAGCUGUCUGCUUCUGCCUAUGCCUUUUCAGUCAAUAUUCAACACAUGAUUCUUUAUUUAGUGAUAAGUGAUUUUGUAUGAAAUGUCAAUAUUGUGUACAGUAUUUGGUGUUGUCAUGACUGAAUAAAUGACUACUACUACUACUACUACUACGAAUUCUUUUGAAUAAAUUGCUAUACCUAACGUAUGCAAAGAUACAAGGGCCUGUUCGUCACAGCUAGCAGCUUUAACGUUGUUUGUUUUUGUAAUUUAGUGGACUGCCCCUUUAAUAGAGCAGCCCUUUGCCAAUACUGCCCAUCCCUCGUCGUAUUUUAGCAGCGUUUUUCCCUCCAGGGAGGUUACUCCAGCUCGAAACAGCUGUUAGUUUAUUACUGAGAUAAAAUCAGCUGCCAACAUUUCAUUGGCUCAGAUCCUCGUCCUCAGAAGUCACAUGACCCGGGUUACCUGUCCACCCGCUCACCUUCUACUCUACCCUCUGGUCUUGGGUGCUCUUGUCGAGGGGUGUUUGCUGGAUGGGGCGAUCUCGCAGGAAUGCUCCCCUCAUCUGGAUUGUCUCCGUGCCAGUAAAAACACUGGGGAUGUAUUAUGUGUGAAGACAGGAUGAUCCACUCGCUGAAAUAUUCUCCUCGCUCUCUCGCUCUCUCUCUCUCUCUCUGCCUCGCUUGUCCUCAGUUUUGCCACGUUGGCAGAAAACUACAUCAGCAUCUGCUCUUCCUCUGGCCUCCACACAGACCGGACUCUCCCCUUUUUAGUUGGAAAAACAUCUCUUGUUAUUCUGCAUUCUUCAAAUGUUCUCGUUCAUUUAUUGGGUAAUAAAGUUUAUUUAGAGGAAUUUGACACAAGACCUUUCUUACUCAGCAGAUGUUUUAUACCUUUCAAGACUUUAUUUUUAUAAAAUGCUGUUAACAGCCACUAAAACACUUCUAAUUUAAAAGUAGAGCUGCUGAUGCUUAUUUCUUUAGUUCAUCUUUAUCUGGAAACCUGGAGAUCAAGCAUAAAUUUCAACGUCAUCCGGUUCCAAUUAGCAGGUGAACAAGUCCUGUCGUAACGCGUCUUCUGAAGGAGGUAACUGCUCCUCUGGACAUGUGGAGGGCUUCACGUUGACUGAGUGGUGUUUAAGAGCUGCCGCGGACAGUUAAAAGGAGAUCCUCACUCUUUCUGACAAAACGUACAGAGCGCAGGUUCAAACUGAGGUUAAAGAUGCUAUAAAUAUUGUGACAGUGGAGAGUGAGAGUCCAGGGAUGAGAAAGCACACAUGUGGGGUUGUAUACACUCACACACACAUUAGCGGUAGCAGCUGUGGGGAUACUGGACUUUAAGAGGACAGAGGAAUGAGAGGUAUGUGGUCUGGAUUGGAGAGUGGAAAGUGCUAACUGUUUAGCUGUGAUGAGCAGGAGGCUUUUGUGGCUUUUUGCACCAAAAUAAAGAGGGUGAGGAAGGUUAUGUACAAAACCUCCUCCAAUCUGGGGUUAUGUGGUGAUUUAUCUAAAGGUUUGAGCUGAAAAAAACAUUUUCAGAAGAAUUUGAACACUGUAAAAUAUUGAUAAAAACAUAUUUAGAGCCAAUAUGUGAUAAAAAAUAGAGGAAAGAUAAAAUAUCAGAUGUUGAAACUCAUUUGAAAUUUGGUUCCAACAACAAAUAUCUAAAAGUUGGGACAGGGCAAAAGGGAAAAAGUUGGGUAGUGCCAAAGAAACAUCUGGAGAAACAUCUUACAAAAGAGGGUUAGGGCCACAAGAAGAGAAAAAAAUUACAUAAGGGAGUUUUUUUUUAAAUUUCCAUUUCGAGAUUAAAUUCGAAAUUUUAAAAAGUUGAAAUUCUUUAUUCAAACUUUAUUCAUGUCGACUUUAAUCUCAAAAUUUUAUUUUUUUUAUCUUGAAACUUUGACAUCAUUCAAGACAUUUUGUAAUCUUAAAAUUUUGACUUUAGUCUCGAAAUUUAAGUUUUGAAAUUCAAAUUUAAGUUAAAAAGUUUAGAUUUUUAAUCUCAAAAUUUCAACUCUAUUGUCCUAAUUUUGAUUUUUUAGUCUCGAAAUUUCAACUUUAAUCUCCAUCCUGUAUUUUUUUUUCUCUUCAUGUGGCCCUAAUCCCCUUUCCUUACAUCUGGAGGUUAAAUGGCAUUAGGGUUAAUAACAUUACUGGGACCUUCAGAGAGUAGAGCAAUCUCUAUACAGAAAAGGAGCAAAACCAGCGCUAAGAUGGCUCUAAUCUUAAGGCCCUCAGGCAGCACUGCAUUAACAACAGACAUCAACAGACAAUCACCUCCAGAAACAGCUGCCUGGAAACAAUCUAGUCCAAUACCAACCACUUCUCUUGGCCAGAGCCCAUUUAUGUUUAGAUAGACUGAGACAAAUCCAGAAACCAUGUUUGAAUUUGACAGUCAUUUCGGAAAUCAUUGAUGCCUCAUCCAAAAAGGAGAAGAACCACCCCGGCUUGUUCACAAUUCAAAAUCAGCAUCCCUGCUCUGUAGUAGAAGAGUCCUGCUGCUAAACCGGCCUGACUGUAGUCCCAAUUUGCCACCCACUGAAAACAUUUGGAGCACCAUGACACAAAAAUAUGACUUUUUUUUUUAUAUCAAAAUCAAAAGUAGCAUAUAUUUUCACAAAACAAUCAAAUAUUUCAGUUUAAACCUUUGAUUUUAAAAGCUGUAAUUAACUUGCAAACCAUCAAACUCUGUUCCUGUUUCCGCAUUGUUUCUUGAAAUUGGUGAUGUGGAUCUCUUACCCUAUUAUCUCUUGGAAACACAACCUCUUCACAUUUAGAUAAAUAUAGCCUCCGGUGGAACAGCUCUAUUAAAGCCUAACUGUUUAGUGGGGUAAUAAAUCCCUAUUUUUCCACAAGAUCUUGAGAGGCCAGCUGAACCUUCUCUGUUGAUGUUACAGACCUUCAGAAGGCCAUAUAGAGUCAUAGCUCAACACAGUUAUAAAUGAAUACAGUCCUGACUGUACAACUCUAUUUUAGAGCUGUAAUCAUUCAUUUUGAGUGCUCUGUCGAGUCGGUGGAAAAUGAUUUUAUCCAGUUGAAUAUCUGCAGUAAUUUUGUUUUUGAUCUCGGGCCCAGGGAGGAGUUUAUCUCACAGCGUGCUCCUCAAGAAUGAUGGUAUCUUCACUCUGCUGACGUGUAUUUCAACAGCAAACCACAGAUUUCACAAUAAAUCAGAUAUUUGAUAUCUACUUGUACCAUCUUCAAGACGGUUGAAGCACUUGUGCAAGCAUGAGACACUAAAACCUUUCUUUGUGCAGUUGGAAUAAUUUCACACUCUGCAGAACAAAAUGUAACUCCAAGAUUUUUAAAUCUGCAACCUGUUUUUUUUUUAUAUUUUUCCACACAUAAGAGUCUUGAUUGAAGAAUCAUGAUUUUACUUGGAGAACAUUGGCAAUUUGUGUUUACUGCUGCCUCUGUCAGUAUGUUCACUGUAUCAUUAUAGAAAUACUUCUGCUCGGUUGCCACCAUAUCUUGGCUGGCGGUGAAAUUUCACCCUCACUUUGCUGUCAGCGAUCCUGCUUGUGAGUUUGACACUUUUUGCAUUGAGGUUCAUUUAAAUCUACUAUAGAUAUCUGCAAACAGUCCCAGCACAUAGAGAUUUGUAAAGUAGACGGUGUCUUUUUGACUCAUUUGCACAGAUUUGGCAGGUGCAAAAGCUUCAGCCAUUUUUUCAUAAACCAGACCCUCCUUUUUUAGCAGUUAAGCUUCUUAGUAUCUUUCACAUUGUUAGUGAUACUAAAUAAAUCCUUAAUUAUGCACUUGCUAACAGAUAACAGUACUCUUUUACAGAUAUGUGAGAGUAGUGUCUUCAAUAAAUCCUUAAUGAAGUAUUUAUGAACAAUUAAAAAUGCUCAUUUUUUAGCUUGAACAAGUAUUUAAGGUAAAAAAAAAACAGCCUGAUGUCAGUCAACGCCUCUUUCCUUAAAGCGAUAAAUAACUGUGUUUCAGAUUCAGAUUCAGAUAGAUGGAUUCUCGAAAAAGACUUGACUUAUAAUAGGAGGAGAAAUAUUCAAUUAAAUAACUCAUAUUUAUGCUUUUAUUACGGGAAAGUGAAUAGAAACUAUUUGGGCUAAUCAUAUAUUAGCAAUUACAAUGAAACUGAUUUCCAGUUACAACAUAGUUAUCUUUCUAUAAGAAUAAUCUCCCUCUUACAGUAAAAAUGAAGAGAAAAAAAUCAUUUUUUUGGCAUCAAAUAUAAAAAAAACUUUAACUUUUGAAAAUAAAGAUGUUGUGUUACUUUGUUCUGCAUUAACCAGUUAUACAAAUAAUCUCCCACUUACAGUAAAAUAGGGGAUAAAAAAUCCUCUUUAGCAUAAAAAAAAAAACACACUAAUUAUUUACCAUUAACAUGCUGCGUUGCCUUGGAUGGCAUUAAACAGUCAAACAUUGUAACCCAGUGAAUACAUUCAGGUUUGACUGAAAAUUAAAUUCAGUCUCUAACAGCUGUGUUUGGUAAAUAUAUCAGCGUACUUUACAAACUGUAUUAAACUGUAUAAAAUAACUCUAUGUAAGUAGCUCUAUUAAGAGAUUAAGGAUUCAUUUACCUUAAUAAGACACUGUUCCUGCAUUAGAUCCAGUAGCUGCAAAUGAACGUUAAUAACUGUUAAUGAGUGCUUAAUUAGAAUGUAUCCGUAUUUAUAAGAAUUAAUCUUAACCUUUUCUAGUUUUGUUCAUGUUUAGAUUACAGCGAGUGCUUAGAAGGAGUUUAUAAGCAAUAAUAAAUGUAAGUUAUGAUUUUGAUAAAGGCUCAAACUGUUCAAUUAAUGUAAGUAAACAUCUUAAUUCAUUGUAAAAGGUAUCGCUCAGAGUAAUUUGUAAUAAUUCUCUCAUUCGUUUCUGACAAGCUAAUAAAUAAUAAGUUAAUGUACCUUUAAUUAACCCUUAUAAAGUCUGAUUAAUGUCAAUUGAUAUCCUAUUAAUGAUACUAUGCUUUUAUUUACACUUAAUUACAAUUAUCAAUGUUUAUAAGCACCUUAUAGGGUCUUAUAACUUAUUAAUAAACAAUUAAUUUGCACAUAUAAAAAUUACCUUUUAUAUGAAGUGUUAAAAAUUCCUCACAGUAAAUAAUCUUUUUUUACCAGUGUGGCCCUCUAAUGCUAAAAUAAACUGUUUUAUGAUUCCCUGACAGAAGUACAUCCCUAACCCUAACCUUGCCUUACCUUACCAUUUUUCCCUUGUGCUCCCUUCAAAGAAAGAAAUCAUGAAUUACAUGCCAUGUUACUCAGGCUGCAUAUGCCUUUAAAUCAUAGAGACUCAAACGGAAACUUUCAUUUUCCAUUUGAAAAGCUUCCAAAGCCCUAAAGGAGGUGAACCUCUGGAGGAUAAGGGAGCAGCAAAAGGGGAAAAAAGGGGGUUUUAUGAUGAGGAAAUACAUUUUCCUCGACAGUCAGGUUGUGGCUUCAGUGAAAGUAUUGAAAGCAGUGUCACAGUCUGUGUAAAUCACAGUGUUGCUCUCUCCUGUGGUGAGGUUUAGCUGACAUGGUUUCAGAGCUGGAGGACUCCGGGCUGUGUGGUCAUGUAGCAUCUGGAUGUUUGGUCAAACUGUGCCGUCUGAUUCUGUUUCCUGCAGUGAACGAUGUGGAGGAGAGCGAAGGGCUGCCGUCGCUGGACAAACCCGGCUGGUACUCGCAGGGAAACUGGCCGCACCUCCACGAGCUGCUGAAGACCAUGACGGGGAAACCGGAGCCGAAGGUAUGCCGCUCGUCUCUUCGCUUUAUGCUGCAGCGAAGAGACAGAGCUCAGGCUCGCUUUGAGGUUUACUCCAAGUCUAGUUGUUGGCAGAGGCUGAAAGAGAUGGAGGCUUCAUGAUAAAUCAGCUCAGGGAGAUUCACACUGCGGUGAUGGAGCACAGGAACGUGGCCCUUGGCAUGAAUGUGGACAGACCUGCUGUGUGCCAGCAUGAAGUGCUGCCAGCCCUCUCAUACUUCUUAGUGCACAUACAAUGAAGCCCAUUCUUAUGUCAGCACUCAUCAAAUACCUCCUCUUGUACCUCUUUGGUAUGGAGGAGGACUGAACUUUAUUAAAGUAGGAUUAAUUUUUCUCUUUGUUUUCCAUGAAUCUGCAAGAGGCUUGACUUGUAACUCAGAAGUAAGCUAAAAACUUUCAUUACAAGAAGAGAAAUCAAUGAAAUAAGGAACAAAAGGAGCUGCAGCCAAUGGAGAAAAAAAACAACUGCAAGUGCUGAUCCAACAGGUAUUGGAGGCCUGCAAGAGUUUAUCAGAGAUGCCCCAAAAACAUAAUUGGUGCAUGGAAGGGAUCCACAACACAAAAAUGUAACACCCAGUUACACACCCCCUCAGGAGAUGAAUGUUUCCGAUCGCUUGCUUCGCUAGUCAUAACAACGACGGCACGAUAGCAAUACACAAGCGGUCUAAGGGGUCACACACAAACCUCAACCAAAACGCCACUCUAUAGCCACAAAUAAUGCUCAGAACAGCACCUAACUUCAUCAACAGUACAUAUAGGGUCCCAGCCAUAGUACUAGCCACCAAACAUCUUUUUAGCUUUGCCUAAUUUCUGUCGCAAAGAGACUAAACACAACUCACCCACUCUCUUCCAGCAGCCGCUUGUUUCUACGGAGACCUCCAGGCGUGUCCAUUGACUGCAACGGGGUGACGCAGCUCAAGGAAGAACAUUUAUGAUAAUUUCUUUAUCAUUUCCUUGAAGUAAUAAUCACCAUAUUAAUCAUUUUGCACUGCAGACGCAGUAAUUCUUCUGCCUUAGCGUCUCGGUCUGAUUGCAUUUCCAUGAAGUAAUGAUCAUAAAUGUUCUUCCUUGAGCUGUGUCACCCCGCUGUAGUCUGUAAUGGACUGGCCCGAGGUCUCGCUACAAACAAGUGGCAGAGAGUAGGUGAGUUGUAUUGAGUCUCUUUGCUAAAAAAAAUUAACAAAAUUAAAAAGAUGUUUGGUGGCUAGUACUUUGGCUGAUACCCUAUAUGUACUGUUAAUGAAGUUAAGUGUUGUUCUGAGCAUUAUUUGUGGCGUUUUGGUUGAGGUUUGUUUAUGGCUCCUCAAACCGCUGUGUAUUGCUAUCGUGCCGUUGUUACUAAAGUUGGUAUAACUAGAGAAGCAAGUGGUUGGCAACACUUAUCUCUCAAUGGGGGUGUCUAACUCGAUGUUAUGGUGUGUUUGACCCUAACUUAAUUUUACGCCGGAAUAUCCCUUUAAAAUCCAAACUCAUGCAUAACUCAGGAUGAUCACAACUCCCCAUAUUUGUCCCUUAAUCUCCAUGUCUCAUCAGCCCCUCUGUGACCCCUCCAGGUCCUCCCUGAGCUGAGAGCAUUGUAAUCUGCCCUGAAUGCCUCCUUUCAGCCCACCUGCAUUAAGUCCUGUCAGGUGAAAGUGGAGAAAAGUGAAAACACAGAGCGCCUCGGGUCACCCCGAAGGAGUGUUCAAAGCCGCUAUAAGUGCAGGUUGACACUGAAUUCCACAAGAGCUUUCUCCACGUGGCGGGGGGAACAGAGGGGGCAUUCAGCAGAGAGGAGGGGGGGAGGUGGACGAUGACGAGUACGGACGGGUGGAGCAGGGCUGGGAUGAUUGAGCUCUGUCUCUGCCUGAUCUGUGAUGUACAGUUUCUUUUAACUCCUAUCUGUGCUUUAAAAGAAAGAGGAACAUGUAAGAGCAACACUGAAUUACAAUGUUAGUGCUGAAACUUGAGCAUGGCUGGAAGCUGUACCAAGUUUAUGUUACGAUCUCUUGUAAUUUCUUCAUUUUCUAAAUUUUGAUCAUGUUAUCCUGCUCUAAAGCUGUAAAAAAACAUCCAUACAGGUGACGCCAUUUUUACUUUUUUAUGCUUUUAGUUUAAGCCUCAUGAUGUGUGAGGUGAAUGUAGCAUACAGUGCUCAGCAUAAGUCAGUACACCCCCUAUGAAAAGUGACGUAAAAUCAGAUGAGCAAAAGUACAAUUUUCAGAGUUUUGACAAAGCAAAGUUUAACAUAAUUUAUUUACCAUAAGAUGAAAAUAAGGGUGAUAUGGUAACUAAAAUUUAGCUUUGCUCCCAGAAGUUUGAUCGGGGUGUACCCUUUUUUGCAUCCUGAUUUUAAAUUGAAAAAAAAAAACUUUUUUGUAUGCAACUUAAAAAAUAUUGUUUGAAAUCAAUGGCCUACAUUUGGGGGAGUAUUUUGUUGUAUAGUCUGACAUAGAAAUUGAUUGAUUUUGAAUGAAAACGAAAGGUUUUCUGACAACUCCAAAGGGGUGUACUCAUUUAUGCUGAGGACUGUAUAUGGCAAUAUAAUGCCUGAUAUAUGGACAUGUUUGUUCUAUAUUGAAAUGGGGAGUAAACCAACACCUACUGCAUGGCAGCAACUUUUUAUAGUUUCUAUAGGAUCAAAUUAUUUUAAACCAAUUUAUUUAACUAAUAUCAGUUAAUUAUUCAUUAGACUAUUGUUGAAUAAGAGAGUGUGACAGGAUGCCUGACUGUGCAUAUAGUCGGGUAUAUAUAAAUAUCUCCAUUUUUUUUCAACUGUAAUAUAUCAACAUGUACAUAUCAGCUCUAAAUAACACUCAUGUAUAUAUCUCUUUUACAUCUUUUUAAUUCUUAAGUCUUUUCAUUCUUUAAUUUCUCUUUUGUAUUUAUCGCUGCUUUAAAUUUUGGUAAUUUCCUCUAGUAGGACAAAUAAAGGAAUAUCUUAUCUUAAAAAAGGUGAUCAAACCGUGCCCUGUGGUGCUCCAGUGUAUGUUAAAAUAUUAUUAGACUGUAUAUACGUGACAAAAAGGGAAUCUAAAUGUGCUUUUUGACAACUUACUCCACUUUUUCGUCUUUUUUAGUAGAGGUGAGAUCUUCCCCUCUCUAGCUCGUCUGAGCUGCAUUGAAAACAGAUGUAGUGAAGUCAUUCUGUUGGCAGUCAUUUUUCACAGUUUAAUGUAACACUGUGUGACUGAACAUGAGCCCACAUGACAAAGUGGGGUUUACCCCGCUGUCUCCGUACCCCCCUGCCCUCUCUGUGCUUCGGGCCCCACACAGUGUGCAGCACAAUGGUCUCAUUAAGGCCUCUCUGCAUGCCUGCAGCUCUGUUUACCUGGGCCCGGCUUCAGCUUUAACUGCUCCUCUGAGCGAUGGGCUGAUAAGAGACGGGGGUCCACAGUAGACCCCUGCGGCACUUAGCAAGGAGGACAAAAAUGAGACGAUGAGACAGCCAUAUGGAUGAUUUAAGCAUAUAAGGACCAUUUGCUUUUUAAAUAAGUCCUAAAUUUUAAAAGAAAAAAUAAUUUUUGGGAAAACAUAGUGGCUCCUGGUGAACUGGAUUGAGGAUUGGAUUUAGCUUUUGAAGCUUGGCCAGUCUUAAAUAGCAAGAAAAGUAAGAAAGCCUGGCAUAUAGGGCUGAUUUUAAACACAUUAAAGGGAUAUUCCGGCGUAAAAUUAAUUUAGGGUCAAACACGUUUUAACACCAAGUAAGACACCCCCUCGAGAGAUGGAUGUUGCAGACCGCUUGCCUCUCUAGUUAUACCAACUUUAGUACCCACCGCAGGAUAGCAACACAGAGUGGUCUAAGGAGCCAUAAAUAAACCUCAACCAAAACGCCACUCUAUAGCCACAAAUAACCCUCAGAACAGCACCUAACUUCAUCAACAGUACAUAUAGGGUCCUAGUCACAGCACUAGCCACCAAACAUCUUUUUAACUUUGCCUAAUUUCUUUAGCAAAGAGACUAAACACAACUCACCUACUCUCUUCCAGCAGCCGCUUGUUUGUAGCGAAAGCUCAGGCAGACGUGGUUGUUCUUCUUCCUCCUUUGCGUCUUGGUCUGAUUGCAUUUCCAUGAGGAGAUGAUCAUAAAUGUUGUUCCUUGAGCUGUGGCACCCCGCUGUAGUCCGUAAUGGACUAGCCCGAGCUCUCGCUACAAACGAGGGGCUGUUGGAAGAGAGUAGGUAGGUUGUGUUUAGUCUCUUUGUGAAAGAAAUUAGGCAAAGUUAAAAAGAUGUUUGGUGGCGAGUGCUGUGGCUAGGACACUAUAUGUACAUUGAUGAAGUUAGGUGCUGUUAGGUGCUGUUCUAAGCAUUAUUUGUGGCAUUUUGGUUAUGUGCAUGGCUCUCUGUAUUGCUAUUGUGCGGUUGUUACUAAAGUUGGUAUAACUAGAGAAGCAAGCGGUCGGCAACAUUCAUCUUUCGACGGGGUGUCUAACUUGGUGUGACCCUAACUUAAUUUUACGCCGGAAUAUCCCUUUAAUUGCUAAAAAAAGUAAGAAAAGCAGGACUAUAGGGUUGAUUGUCAAACAUAUCAACAGCGUUUCCCCAUUCUGUCAUGGUUGCUGGUAACAGAGGUGAGUCUGCCUGACUUCCCAUCAUGCAGAGCCCGGUCUGGUUCAGGUUAAUGAUACCGCGUCCAUCCACAGCGACUCCCCUCUGUAAUACGCUGGAAUUCUUGGCCUCUGUAAAUAUUUAUCAUAAUGAUCCCAUGACUCGGGCUUCAGCACUGCUGAGCAAUGAGAGGUGCAAUGAGGGUUUGAGCCCCAGCUGUGGGCAGUUCUGGGAAAGUUGGGUAGAAAUGUGAUUCCUCACAGCCCCCUCCUCACAAGCCGGGCCGAGCAGCAGCCCCGAUUAGUCAGCCUGUUUGUUUACAUGUGGAAGGGUCAACCUGAGACACAUCAGCUCUGUGAGGGGGAGGUAUGGGACGCUUGAGCCACAACUAAACUAUGAUAAAAAAGGAUAAUUGAGAUGGAUUUUAGUGGUUUCCAAGCCAAUUAAAGCCUUUAUUUCAAAAGUUCUAGAUGUUUUUUCUAGGUUUUACACAGCACCCCGACCUGUUUUGGAAUUGAGGUUUUACCACACAUAUUUUCACAGUUUAGAUUUUUCUCCGUUUCUCCAAGGGUUCGUUGUUUUCCAUUAAUUUAUACCUAUGAGCCAGAGUCUGGUUUGCCUUUCCAUGUGCUCAGAAGACUUCUGUGUCUGGUUAAAUUAAUGACUGACAUUCUCCGCUCUCCUCUCUGUUUGAAAGGAGAAGAAGUAUGUUUCUGUUGAAACGGGAUUUAAAGCUUUCAGCGGUGUGUGCGCCUGCUCUUCAGGUUAGGAAUGCGUCUCUGUUGGCCUGCCUCAGCUUGCUUUUCUUUCCAGACGUGGAGGACAAAAGAGACAUGAUGGUCAAAGAGGUUGUGAUGGGUUUCGCAGACAGGUCUUGUCUGGUCUAGUUCACCCUGGGGGUCUAUAAGGUAUCUGCCAGCUGACUUUGACUGCUGCUAAGAGAGGAAUGCAUCUUAAGAGCGACUUUACCGCAGCACUUAAACCGAAGUGUGGCUCUUAAACGUCACUAAGCUGUCCUUUCUGUCACCUUUUCCUCCUCCCCCCCUGCAGGUGGUGUAUUUUGGAGACAGCAUGAGGUCAGACAUGUUCCCUGCCAGCAGCUUUGGGAAGUGGGAGACAGUGAUGAUCGUGGAGGAAAUGGAGGGAGAGGGUGUUCAGAAGAGUGACGCGGCGAUGUCCAAUGAAGCCCAAGUGGAGCCACAGGAGAAAAAGGGCAAGUUUGAGGUGAGUUCACUGAAGCAGCUGUUUCCGUUUAGCAGCCUUUCCUCCACCAAACCUCAGCUCCGCCCUGCAGUCCUUAACCCCCAACUCAUACUCUGUGGGCCUCCUCUCCUUUCCAUGCCUCUGUGAGCCUAAACCCUGAGAACAUUUAGUUUUCAGCAAAUUCGGCCCCUGCAAAAAUCUGUGUGAAAAUAAACUUCAGACUAAAAAUCAGCUGAUUCUGCUUUACUUUUGUCAACAUCGCCAUCCUUUCGAUUGAUAUUUCUUUGCUUCCACACGCAGCAACUGUGCACGACACAAUCAGCAGUGCAAAGCUACAUGAGCUUGUGGUCACAGCUCUGAAAUAUGUCAUGCUGUCACCACUUCCUUGUGUUGCAGGAUGAGUCUGAAAUCCCUGUAAUGGAGCCCCUCAUUUAAACACAGAGAAACAGACCACUGUGCAGAUUACGUCUGUAUCUCUGUUUGACUGUAGAAUGUAAACAUGCACACCAGUCAUGUGGCUGAAACGAUCAUUUCAGAGCUUGUUAACAUUGUGGAAACAUGCACAGACUGCUUAUCUAACAGGACCACCAAGUGUUUACUUUCAGCGUGGUUUUUCACAAGAAGACUUCGACUCAAGAAACAACCAAGAUCCUCUGUAUCUGGACUUUACUCAGCCGAGUUUAGUGUGCCUCAUCAACUGAAACUUACAGACUUGAAUCAUUUCUUUAUUCUCUGAAGUGUUUCAUGUCAUAAGAUAAUCUUUAACUUGUGAAUAAACAUCAAAACAGACAUGCUGUCUGGUGUACAGCUGUUCUUCGGACUGGUAAACUAGAAUAAACAUGACGUUUUUAACAUUGGAGAAGUCUAUCAAUCCUAUGACAAUAACCAUAGAAAAAAACAAUACGAUUACAACUCAUUGUUUACAGAAUAAUUAUCAUCUGAACUUGUAUUUUAAUAGAACUUUAAUGUUCAUACAUGUUCUGACAAAGUUUUAAUAAUGUUCGAUUUAGGUUUUGGGUUGCGGUGACGCAGUGUUCUCAGAAAAGGGUCAAAUCGAUACUUGGUAAACUGGACACAGACAAGCCAAAUACAAUCGUAUGAAUUAAAAAAGAAAAAGAAAAAAACCCAUAAAACUUGCAGUAUGCAUACAGUGCAGUGAUGUUAAACCAUGAGCACAAGAAGACAGUGAGUUUUGGGUGAAACUAAACACCAUCACAGUGCUUUUGAUGCACAUUAAACCAUUUUUAACAUCAGCAGAAAUGACUGAUUACCUGUUACUUCACCUGAACCCUCUCAACCUCUUGUCUCUUUAUUUAUGUGUGGGUGUCAGAGCUGCUGUCAGAAGGCUGAACGCUGUGUGAUGUGAAAGGAGAAAACAGGCAGAAAGAUCUAAAUUAUGAAGAGUAUGACUGUAAUGUAACUGUUUUGUGGUACAACACUCUGUUAUAGAACACCAUGCUAGUCAUAUUGAUCAGACAACAGUUGUAUUUUAUUAUUACAGACUAGUUAAAGAGCUUUUUAAGAUGAAUAUUUAUGAAGUACAUGUCUCCUGUGAUCCUUUAUUUAUCUAUUUCAUUAAUUAAGUGAUGAUAGGGGAAAAAAAUAAAAAAUUCUGUUUGUUCAUCAGAUUGGUAUGGAUAUGUAUAUGUUGGCUUUCUGCUUUGGGUAAAAAAAUAAAAAUAAAAUAAAAUUCUGUUGCCUCAUCAGAUUGGUAUAUAUAUAUAUAUUUGUUGGCUUUCUGCUUUGGGUAAAAAAAAAGCUAGAGAAACUGCAAGCUGAUAUCUAAAGAGAUCCUGGUGAUAAUGAAAAAUCACACACUCCUGUUGGCAUGUUAUCGACAUACUCUAUUGAUACAUUUGAGUUAAACCACAGAGGGUUGAUUCCCAUUGUUUCUGCUUCAUACCGCUGAGGAGUUUUGCUCCAGGCUGUUUGGUAUCUGUUGUAUCUCCUGUACAGAGUUCGAUCAUCUGUCUUAGAUUAGGUCAGAGGUUUCUGCUUCCACAUGCUGAACUCUAAAAUUCCCCUUUUUUUUGUUCUCAGUAAAAACCUCAGGCGAUCUGAGUUUGUUCUGCUUUCUGCUUUAUUUUAUUUUUAGAAAAACAUUUGGUCCAAAUCUCUAUGACAACCGUGUGAUAUCAGAGAUCUUAACGACCUUCCUGAACAGUUACCGAUAUUGUGGGCUGAUACAGCACUUAGUUAUCAGUUUUGGUUUUAUGACGUUUAAAUCUUACCACAUCCUUCCCUCUUAAUUCCACUUCCUGUUGCUGCAAUAGUUACUGUUCAACUUUUUCCUGCCUAUUAAAUGCAUCUUUGUUUUGUAAGUGAUUGUGAUUAACGGCGGGGGUUUCUCCCUAACAUGAUUCAAGUCAUAUUCAGAAUAACCCUGUUUGGGUUUCAGCCAGUUUGAGGUCUGGCAGAGCUCUCGCCUCCCUUUUAUCAUGUCUGCACAUGUCAGAAAAAUGAAUCCUUGCCGACGGUUACAUAAUUUGGUUUGUGUGUUUAAACAGGAGCAGGGCAUGAAGGCCCCCUCUGCCGUGUCCAAGCAGUGGGGCUCCUACUUCGUGGACGUUCAUAAAAGUGGAGGAGGGGACGAGGAGAGCCAGAAACUGACCUGGUGCAGCCACUGCAUCCACAAAUACAGCACCAUGGCCAUCCCCAGUGUGGAGCACAUAGCAAGUAAGUAGGAGGAGGCAUGAAACUGGAUAAACUGGAGGUACAUGUUAUAUAUCUGUGGAGAUUAAAUGGAACAAAAGAAGAAGUCCAGGUUAAAAAAAACAAAAACAUUAGUGUCUGACAACUUAGAAAAAAAAGACUUAAAGGGAUAUUUCGGCUUAAAAUUAAUUUGUGGUCAAACACACCGUAACACUGAGUUAGACAUCCCGUCUAGAGAUGAAUGUUGCCGACCGCUUACUUCUCUAGUUAUCCCAACUUUAGUAACGACCACACGAUAGCAAUACACAGGGGUCUGAGGAGCCAUAAACAAAUUUCAACUUCACCAAAACGCCACUCUAUAGCCACAAAUAAUGCUCAGAACAGCACCUAGCAGCCGCUUGUUUGUACUGGUGACACAGCUCAAGGAAGAACAUUUAUGAUCAUUUCUUCAUGGAAAUGCAAUCAGACCGAGACGCUUAGGCAGAAACUACUACGUCUGCAGUGCAAAAUGAUUUUUAUUUUGAUUAUUACUUCAAGGAAAUGAUAAGGUAAUUAUCAUAAAUGUUCUUCCUUGAGCUGUGUAACCCCGCAGUAGUUCGUAAUGGACUGGCCCGAGGUCUCGCUACAAACAAGCGGCUGCUGGAAGAGAGUAGGUGAGUUGUGUUUAGUCUCUUUGCUAAAGAAAUUAGUCAAAGUUAAAAAGAUGUUUGGUGGCUAGUGCUGCGGCUAGGACCCUAUAUGUACUGUUGAUGAAGUUGGGUGCUGUUCAGAGCAUUAUUUGUGGCUAUAGAGUGGCUUUUUGGUUGAGGUUUGUGUGUGGCUCCUCAGGCCACACUGUAUUGCUAUCGUGCAGUCAUUAGUAAAGUUGGUAUAAGUAGAGAAGCAAGCGGUUGGCAACAUUCAUCUCUUGACGGGGUGUUUAACUCGGUGUUACGGUGUGUUUGACCCUAACUUAAUUUUACGCCUGAAUAUCCCCUAACACCAGAAGAAUUUUAAAAAAUAAUAUUUUAUCUUUCUUAAAAAACAUCCAAAAAAAAGUAUUGCAGCCAAUACCUGUUCACAGAAGUAAAUGGCUCCACUGAUCUGGAUCUGUACAGAGUGUACCCCACAUGACUGAGGCCAGGUGUCCCUUAUAACCACAGCAGCAGAAGGAUGGAGACAAACAGCGAUCAUCUGGGACAAAUGUGUGACUGAGAAACCGAUCAAAGGCAUGCCUGUUACUAUACAUUAGACAGCAGGUUGUUUUAAUACAACUGUCCAUAACUUGAAAAAGGGAAGAAUGUUGUUAACAGUCUGUAGCUUAUAAAAACAAGACAAAAAUAAACUAGCCUGAAUCUGCUUACCAGUUCAUUCCUGUUAAAGCUCUCAAAUGGUUUGCAGAAUGAUUGAGAUUCAAACUUGAAAGAGAACAAACAGAUGUCAAAUCUUAGUUUCUGUACCCACAAAGAACGUUCACUUUAUCGAUUUAAAACAGAAACAUCCGUGAAACUCAAAUCCGACUUCACUGAAAUAAAUAAAGCAGAAUUAAAAUCAGAUCUGACUCCAGCUGCAGCUUGGCAGGUCCAAAACAAAGCUGCCAGUCCUCUAAAAAACUGAACUUGAGCUGUUGAUUGUUUUUUGGAGCAGACAGUAGACUCCAGACUCUAGUCUACUUUAGGACCAGAUGCCUUCAGGUCAGGCCUCAAACGUGUCUACUCUUGUUUCAGCCUUUGUUCCAAGCGAAGGUGUCAAAAAUCUUUAUUUAUUCUUCUUGAUGAUUCAGUGGUAAACUAGUGUAACUUGAUAGUUAUUGUUUCAUGUGCAUUUGCUCAUCUACAGCAGAGAAGUCUUAUGAAAGUUUAAGUUGUGUAAUUAGGAAAAAACUUUUCCCAGUACUGGUUACUCUACACAAUCUGUUUCCCUGAAGCUCUACUUUUUGAGUUUCAUUUCUUCAUUUUUGGGAUGUUCGAUCUGGCAGUGCUGAUUACCUCCGCCAAGGAGGUUAUGUUUUCGGUAGCAUUGGUUUGUUUGUUUGUCUGUUAGCAACUUUACAGAGAAAGUAACAGACGGACCUGAAAUUUUCACCAGAGGUGCGUCUCAGCCCCAGGAGGAUCCCAUUAAAUUUUGGUGGUGAUCUAGACAAAAUUCUGGAUACUGUGAUCCAGAACACACAAAAAUAAGGGUGUUGUUGGAAUUUUCAACGCUGAAGAUGACCAAUGGACGGCACAGUGGUGCACUGGUUAGCACUGUCGCCUCACAACCAGAAGGUCCUGGGUUCAAAUCCCGGUUAGGGCAUUUCUUGUUUAAGGGGGGACAUGAGCUGCUUGGCGGAGGUCUGCGCUCUCUGAGUGCUUUUCUAGUUACAAAUGUUCACAUUUUCAAUCCAAUCCAGGUUUAUUUAUAAAGCACAUUUAAAAACAACAAAACGCUGACCAUAGUCCUGUACAGUAAAAAAUAAAAACAAUAAAAACAGACAAUCAACACGAACAAUAAAACUAAGACACAGGAACACAUUAAAAACAGGGGGACAUACGUAGAUGGUCCAGUAAAAAUAUGAUUAAAAGCCCAAGUUCUCAGGAGUUAAAAGCCAGGGAGUAAAAGUGAGGUUUCAAAUUUGGUUUAAAAACAGGCAGUGAGGGGGACAGUUGGACAUGAAGAGGAAGAGCAUUCCAGAGUUUAGGCACACAUAUAAUUCAGCAUAGACAUUAACCUAAUCAUCCUCACUAGUUGGCACCAUGAUUGCUCGUCAGUAAACACAUAAAUAAAUUUGUGUGGGCCUAAAAUGUACAUUAAAUGUUGUGUCUAAUUUUACCGCAAUUGUCUUACACUAGCUGAGGCUACAGCUCUGGUUAACAGCUGCUGCCAUAAUGCUCAAAUGCUGUACUACCUGGAUGUAAACAAGCACAGAUGACGCACCGUCUUGUCUGUAUAUUGAUCUGGAAAAAGGAGAUAAAGUUGUAUGUAAACUGCGUCAGAUUAAUUUAGUUAAGCCCGUUUAUAACCACUUAACCAGAGCAAUGAGUAACCAGCCAAAGCGUUUUGAAGUUAAUCUGCACGGAGGACUAGAGGCUAGCUCGGUUAGUGUUAGUUACACGCUGCGAACUAAUCCUGUGUUUGGCAAUGUGAAAUGAAUUUUGACUGAUUUACAUUUUGUUCAGACAUAAAGGUUGACGAUGAAAUAGUAAUUCCACUCAUCAUUAUCUGUUUUUAGUCUGGAGGCAGACGAAAAGAAUCAGAUAUGUGAUGUAUUAAAGUGUGUUUUCUUUUCCGCUGAAUGAUGAAUCACAGCUCUUGGACUUUGGCUGUUUCUUCUGCCCAGCAGUGGAGCGUCAAACGUGCAUGUGGCCCGCACAUGUCCUGGAUAACUUUCAGCUCACUCUCCCUGUUUUUUAUUUUUACUUUCUUUCUGCAGAUCUCCCUCUGGAUUACAAGUUCCCCAGGUUUUCUCCCGACAAGCCCUGCACCACCGGCUACUACCCCAGGCCCCCAGAUUCUCUUCUGAAGAGGUUCGAGAGUCUGUCGUAAAAUUUAAAAAAAGAGAAGUAGGAAAAAGUCCUCCCUUACCCCUCAGCCUCAGGAGAGGAAUGUGCCUCCAUUUUUGCCUGUAGUUUGUCACCUAACCCGCCGCCAUCCGUGGAGCACAGGAAGCAUACACUCCUCACCCAUUCAGAGAAACCAUGUGAAUGUAAGCCACAGUAUCUCUCUGUAAUAACGCCUCCAUCUGAACGUUGUUUCGUGGUUUAGUGUACCGUACACGUGGAAAUAUGAAAAGUGUGUGUGUGUGUCUGCAAACAGUACCAAUAAGAAAUGUAGUGUUUCUGUUGUUCCAGGUGUGAGGCCGACUUUAUUUUGUACGGUAGAUUGUUGAAAAAUCCGAACUCUUCGAAUUAUGUGAACAUUUCACCGGUUGUUUCACUCUGAAGGGAUUACCUCAAGAAAGUCAGCGGAUUGCCAAACUGUGUUUGUCCCUGAAAGUCUUUGGAAUAAUUGUGCCAGUAUUUCUGUCUCACACUGUCAUUGUGGAGUCUUAAUUUGAUAGUUUUACAGUAUGCGUUUUAGUAACCUUAACAUGAGGUUUAAAGAGUAAUUCUGGUCGUUUUAAGCCAGGGCCAUAUUUUUUAACAUAUUUUUGGGUCUAAAUUGCCGAUUAAAGAUUGAACAGAGUAGGGUUGCAUCAGAGCUUAUUUUGACCCUUCAAGAUGGCUCGUAGUGGCUUUACUAAAGUAUUUAAGUGCAAAUAAUCAAAAGAUAAUUAAUCCACUAAAAGCGCAUGUUUCCUAAGUUUAUUCAACACUUUAGGACCUGUCAAGAAAAUGCCUUCAUGCCAGGAUAAGAUCCAUUUGGAAACAAGAAUCAGCAGCAUUAUCACUCUUUUCAGAAGCACAAGAUCCCAUUAACACAAGGGCCUGUGUCCACUAACAGCAUCCACAACCACAAGCCUGGUUCUUGCUCCUGCGCUGUAGCUGGCAGGGUCAUGAGCACCGUUAACUUGCGCUUUAGGGUGUUAGCGCCACUCUGCAAUACUUAGCCAGAACACUAGCUAGCGAUGUAAUUUCUAUACUUGCUAUAUCGACAGUUCUCAGCCUACAUUAUCUGUUUUGUAGGAUUUAGCAUAGGUACGGCAUACACUGCAGUGUAGAUUCUAAGCACUGGGGAUGACGUCACAACCGAGUUACCAACGUCUUUAGUCACCAAGUCAGAAAAAAAAAAAUCGGAGGUGGAAACAAGAUGUUGCAGAAGGAUCACAUAUUUGUCCAAAAGUUGCUUAUAUUCGGACAAGGCAAGCGCUAAAAUAACUUUCGUAAAUGUAGCCGUCUUGCUUUUUUCCGACUUGGUAACUGAAACACUGGUAACCUGGGUGUGACGACAUUUUCAGCGCGGACUUCAUAACUCGAACGCAGCAUAAAUCAAACUUAGUGUUGCUAGGUUACUGCUAGGUUUUAAACUGCAGCAGUUUAUGGCCUAGAAAGUGUUCCUUUAAAAAAAAUGAGUGUGGUUAGUUUCUACCUUGUUGUUAAAAGUCGAGACUAGCUGUCCAACCCUCCUUGAUUUUGAUUGGUCAGUGGGGGUGACGCAGCAUUGACAAGCAUGGCACUGGAACUUAAAUGUAUUAAUGUAUUCAAACUGAAUUUUUUAGCAGCAGAAAAAACAGUCGAUAACAUUAAAAAUACAGAACAGCAUUAGCUGCUACAGAUGCUGCAAGUACAAAAAACACUAAGUGGAAAUAGGCCCUAAACAUCGCAGAGCAGGGAGCUGCUGAUCUACCGUCGCCUCAACUGGUUAGGUUUUUCUUUGUUGUGGUAAUAUCGUGUGCCGCAGAAACACAGUUUGGGAUCCGAACUCACUGUAACAACACUAAACUCAACAUUUAGGGUCUAACUGAGACAGUGGUAGACUAGCAACUCCUGUGAACAGAUGGGUAAAAUGGAUUCUUUGUCAACAACGUUUGAUGACUUAACUGCUGAAAUGGUUUGAAUAUUUGAUGUUAUUAAAACAAAAACAGGUCAAUUACUGGGGGAACUCUUUUAAUAAUAACAAUCUGAGUUAAAACCAGGAUUUCAGACCAGCUGUUACUGAUACAACAUCAAACUUUUUCAUACCUGUUUUUCAUUGAUAUCCAAAAAUAUGUUAAUAUAGAGGCCCCAGUUCAGAGCAUCAGGAUUCCUCUUAAGCUCUUGAGUUCCAGCUGUGUCACUUUAUUUUUUUUAGACGGUGCUGAUCUUCAGGUCAUUGUUGCUAAAGAAUCAGCACAAAGCUGUACUUUGUGUUUGCUGUCAUAGGAACCACAUCUUUGGGAAACACUUAAUAAUAGUAAUAACAGUUGAUGAUAAAAACUAUGCUAGAUGUUCUCUGUAUUAUUUUUUUGGUGCAACAGUGACAUGUGCUGUUCGGGUGAUUGUGUUAAAAUGUGGACUUCUCGUGUGUUCAUUCAUAUGCAGUACCAGAUUGAGAUAUAUGCUUUAACCGACUUCUGAAUGGUUAUUUUGUCGGUGUGCAUUAACAAGUUGUGCCAUAAUAUUUAAGGAAACACUGCAUUUGGGAUAAAUCUGUGUAAGUUUCCGUGCUGCUGCCACAUCACAGAUAACUCAUUUCUAGUUCAUCUUUGUGAAUCUGGUCAGUGUUUAGCCGAGCUGAGUGAACCAUAGCCUCUAAACUUAAACACUGAAUGAUGGCUGACAGAUUAUUUUAAAUAAGCAAGCCAAUAGCUUAACUUGCAAUAGCAUAGUAGCAGUGUUCUUGUAAUGAGUGUGAAGGGGAAGGAGGCAUGAUUGAGUGAGCACAGAUUUGAUUAAAAGGUCACUUGUGUGGGUCAAACUUUGAACUAAUAGCAUUACCGCUUCUUUAGACAUUCACAGAUCCUUAAAUUUUGUUAAGUUUAGCUUUUUAAAGUCCUAUAAAACAUAGAACUAACACUAGUUUAAGUUUAAUGUGGUUUGCUGAAUAGACUCUUUUAUUUCCUGGUUCAAAGCUCAGCUAAACACCCCAGACUUUUCUCUCCUGAACACACAAAGAUAACUCUGGUUUUUGCCUUUUCAUCUAGCUCUGCGUAAGCUUUUAAACUGUAGGAUUUCCCAAAUGUCAAAGUGUUUCUUUAAGAUGACCAUCAUCUCACAAAUAAAGUCAGAUUACUUGAGAAUACUUUGAUAAAAAAAAAAAAAGCUGCAGCCAGCUCUCAGCGUGUACGUGGGAUUGGUCAUCCUAAGUGAGUUCUUACUUGUGCUGUGUGUGCAGGUGUUUUAAUGCAUACAGCUGUUGUGAUUGUACUCUUCUUUUCUCAUCUGACCUGGAAAAUUUGACAUGCACAUUUGCCUUAUGUUGGAAGCAUUUGUGGUCUUAAUUUCCUUAAAACACAGGGAAAGUUGAAUUCUGUGUUUUAGUGUUGACGUACUGUCGAUGAAAUAAAAUGUUCUACAGUUUUCUUAUAAAAAAAAAAUAGUGUUUCUUUGAGUUUUUUGCAAAUCACAGCAACAACGAAAAACACACAAAAAUAAACCUGCAGAAGCCUGAGAGUGAAGUGAGGAAGAAAACCUACAGCAUUGGAUAUCACCAAGCUCUCACUUUUUAAUGCACACUCUCUUAAAGGGAUAUUCCGGCGUAAAAUUAAUUAAGGGUCAAACACGCCAUAACACCGAGUUAGACACCCCCUGAGGAGAUGAAUGUUGCUGAGUGCUUGCUUCUCUAGUUAUACCAACUUUAGCAACGACCGCACUAUAGCAAUACACAACAGUCUGAGGAGUCAUAAACAAACCUUAAUCAAAACGCCACUCUAUAGCCACAAAUAAUGCUCAGAACAGCACCUAACUUCAUCAACAGUACAUAAAGGGUCC